AUGCUGAGUUCAGAUGUGGGGGAAGGAUUUUAUGCAAACUACUCAGAAGAAUGUUUCAGAUCAACCUUCAGGUCCCCUGUGAAGAAACAGCAAACACAGGAUUUGAAAAAUGUGAGCUUUUCAGCUGGGUUUUUAAAACCACCACUUUAUAUUACUGAUACCUUGUUGUCCAGAGUUAGGAGACAGUGAAAAGAAUCCAAUGAGGCUGAAUGCUGGUGGAUUAAGGGCAGACAGCAGUUCUUCUCCUCACUUUGCAAAGUGCACAAACCACAGAAUUCACUCCCACAGGAAGUAACCUUGGCCAUCAGCAAGCAGGACUUCAAAAGAGGAUCAGACCAGUUCAUUCAGGAUAAGGCUUUCCGUGGCUUCUGGCCAGGAUGUUUCUGCUCUGCCUCUGCUGUUGGAGUCACUGCGCCUCUGAAGGGCACUUUCUGGGAACCACAAGGGGGGGGGGAGUGCUGUGGUGCUCAGCUCCUGCUUCUGGGCUUCCCACAAGAGUGGCUGGGGAAACCCAGCCGGAUGGGUGGGGUAUAAAUUAUUGUUAUUGUUGUUAUUGUUGUUAUUAGACUGGCCACUGUGAGAAUGGGAUGCUGGACUAGCGGGGCCAUUAGUCUGUUCCAAUAGGCUCUUCUUAUGUGCAGAAUCCAGUUCAGAACCUGGAGAGCUUUUUACAUUUCAGGGCCUUGACUAAGGGAGGAAAGUGGAUGCCUAGGAUGUGCACAUGGAACCUCCACGCCUGAACACAACUUACUUUUGAAUGCCAGAUGCAAGGGACAAACCAGAGGAGGCAGUCGCAUCCCUGUGUUGCUGGCUAGUGCACAGAGGCAUCUUGCUGGCUGCUGAUAGAAACAGAGUGGAAGAUAACUUUCCUUUCAACCGUAAUGGAGCAAGAAUCAACUGCCAAUCCAAUUGCCUUCUGCACAUGCCUUAGGGGAGGGCAGCCAAAUGGGAACAGGAUGCUGGGCCAAAUGACCUUUGGUCUAAUGCAGCAGGGCUCUUCUCAAAGCCCUUCAGUGAGCUUAUCCCAGGACCCCUGGUGUGAAGAUGGCUAACAUGGGGGGGGGGUCAGGGGAGGAAACAGUAUGGUGUGCUCUAUAGGGAGUAUGUGCUUCAGAGAUAGCUCUGUAGAUAUCAAAGAGUUCUGGGGCCAUCUUAAGGAGAAACAAAUGUAUUUUGAGGAUGAAGAUUCCAUUUUAUAAUCUUUUGAACAAAACUUCAUUCCACAAUACUUUUAGGUUUUGCUUUGCUUGAGAAUAAUAUGGUUGCCCUUCUGGGACAUCUCUGCAUUCACACACUUGUGAAAGAAAAAUGCUGAUUUUGCACUUGUUUCAGCAACAAAGCUUUGCUUUUUUGCGGGGGGAGGAGAGAGAUCAUUUUUUUAUUACAUACCCCUGCAAUACAUGUAAGAAUGAGCCCACCACGUUGCCAGAUGCUGCUGGACCUUUGGCAUCUGAAAUGUAUAUUUUAGGACCUACCUUAUUCUCUUGAUUGUAACCUGUUGUAACUGUUUUUAAUAUUGUAUUUUUAAAUAGUUGCAGCCCACUGUCAGUUCCAGCUAGCCAGCAUGGCCAGGGUUAGGACUGACAGCUGUCGUAAUUCAAAAAAACAUCUGAAGGGAAUCAUUGAACCAUCAAAUCUUGGACUCCACCCAUCCCCAAUUCCGGCAACGUUUUGCUCAUGAAAUUUGUGACAUGGUUGGGCAUCAAUUUAAUUCCAUCUCCCUUGCUGGCUCCUAACUGUGCAUCACCACCCUGCCUCUUCUGUUUUUAAAGCAGUGUCUGAAACAGCAUCUUUGUGCAAAGGCUUUCUCUGGCCUCUUUCUGCUUUUCAUCCAUCCCCUUCACUCUGACUUCUUUUCACGGUUGUAAGGUGCUUAGAGCUUAAGUGCUACAAGAUGGUGAUGAAUAUAUAAAUGGGAUGGUGAUGAAGAAAUACAGCACCCAACAAGCAGCUUAAGAAGCUCUUCUGCUGUUUGAAACUUCCCUUUCUUUUCAGCUGCACAAGCAGGGCAGAAUUCUUUCCCAGCCCAUGGCUCUGGGAGUUUACAGACGCCCUGCACCUCUGGCUCUGCUGCAGCUACUGCAACAGUUUGCAGCUCAAGUGAGAGUGUGUACACAGCAGAACUCUCCUUUCUCUGGUUACUGCUCCUCCCUCCCUUUGAAGAACUGCUCCUAUUGGGCAAAAUCUGAGCCACUGAUGAGCCUUAGGCCCCAGCUUCUUGCCAAUCAGUUGAUUCAUUUCAUAGGGAUCUUGUUUCACAAACCUAGCCUCAGGUUUUGUGAGUGUGCUGUGUUUUUUUUUAAAGGCACUGGGGAAACUUUUAGCAUCCAGUGUGCGAAGCCUGCAUCCUCCUCCUCUCGAAUCCAUCAUGCUGCAAAUCCGGCUGCUCCUGCUCCUGUGCUUUGGGAAUCAGCUCAGUCCCAGCCUGGGCUGUCAGCUGCCGUCAGAGUGGAGACCCCUGAGUGAAAGCUGCAGGGCUGAGCUGGCAGAAAUCAUCGUCUAUGCCAAAGUCUUGGCACUGCAUCAGGAUAUGUACAGCAUGUUCAACUAUUUGCCCUGGCAAUAUGAAGCCCCAGAAGGGGGGCUCUUUUACUCAGCCGAGAUUGAGAUGCUUUGUGAUCAGGCCUGGGGAAGCAUGCUGGAAGUCCCUGCGGGAUCCCGGCUCAACCUGACGGGACUGGGGUAUUUCUCCUGCCACUCUCACACAGUCAUGCAGGAUUACUCCUACUUCUUCUUCCUCAGGUGAGUACCUCUAGAAAACUCACCAAUACCUAAUACUAAUUAAUAGUAAUAAUAAUGUUAAAAAGAUAACAUUGCCUAGUGUUGCUAAAUGACACAUGGAUUUAAUAUUACUAAUGCUGGGCAUUUUGGUAGUGCUCUAGAAUGUUAAAAACACUUCACAUACCUUAUUUCAGGUAAGGCCGGUCAAUAUCAUCUCAGCGUUGGAGAUGGGAGGCUGAGAGAGUGGCUUGAUGGGGGCGGGGGAGGACAGAUGCAUGCUGAGUUAGAACUAUGAAGAUAUUGCGCAGGGCAAGGUGAUAGAAUGAUGGACUGGGCCACUUCAAGCUGCAGGUGUGUGUGUGUUGGGAAGUUGCAAUUUUUAAACAUUUCUAUGUGUAAACAGCUCUUUGUGUGUAAUAAAGCAACAUAUCAGGGAGAGCUCUGUCUUUCUCCUCGAGGUUCAAGUUUUAUUACAGGUAGUGGUGGUUGGUUUUUUUUCCAACAUAAUGGAGCAUUCAAAAAUAGGAUAUGCACAACUGUCUUCUUGUGUGACAGACUCUGCUGUUACCACUUUAGUCUGCAUCUCAUGCCGUGUGAGAUUCGGAGCAGAUCUCUCCAUGGCUCUCCAUGUCCAGCCACCCUUUUGUUUAUUUAUGGAUGUUCCUCCAAAGAGAUCAAGGUGGCAUCAUCCCCUCUUCUUAAAUGGCCACAGCAACCCUGUGAGAUAGGCCAGGCUGAGAUAUUGCGUCUGGCUCACGUUUACCCGGGUGGGCUUCCCGGGAGAGGGGGGCAAGAGGAACCCUGGGUGUGCCCACUGCUUGACCCACAACGCUUGCCUGGCACUUGCUUGCUCUCAGCCUUACCUAACUCCCUGGCUUUUUGGGAGGAUAAAAUGGGAUUAAAGAUUUAUACUGCAAAAGUUAUAGGAUAUAAAUGAGAUCCACAAGAAUUCACCAUUUUGCUCUCCUUACCUAACUUGCCUAUAGAAAGAAUAAAAAAAUAGGUCAGAAGAUUAGGAAGAUUUGGCUGUCAGGACCAGUCUAGGCAAGCCACUUCAGCUUGCCUUAGACUUAGUGUGAGUAAAUGGGUGUCUUUGAGCAGGUGCAGUGUGCCUUUGAACAUGUGCCGAGUGUUUUUCUGUCACCAGGGAAUAACAAUAAUUGUUUUAUGAAACUGUUUCAAAUGAGGUGAUCAGCUGCAAAGGAAACGGCUCCUGUCUCUUUGCUAACUGUGCUGAAUUCGACGCCACCAUCGUAGUUCCACACCAUUACAAUAAGGAUUUCCAGAGCUUAAAGCUUGGGACACAAGACUUCUCCUGUUAUAAAUUCAUUUCAGUGUUAUCAUUGGGUGAGAGAGUAUUUAAUAAAUAUAACUUAUUAAAGUUUGUUUAGUACAGUUGUAGUUUUUUGUGUCUGGGAAACAUUUAAAAAUGGUCAGUCUCUCUCAAAAAGUUGUUUUAUUCAUCAUAUAUUUCACUUCAAACUUAAGCUUAGUAUACUUCUUGUUCUCCUAGGAAGAUUGUAUACUUAGAUCCAGUUCUGGUUAAAAUUCAGAUUAUUGUGUAUUUAUUAUGUAUUCAUUAAAUUUAUUAUAGCCCACCCUUCCUCCCAAAGGAGCCCAAGGUGGCAAACCUUGCUAAUUUUAAUUUCCUUAUCCUGUGUUUAUUAAUGGGCCAGUUGAGAUUCAGUAUUUCAAUACAUAAGAUGACUCUGGGAAAUGGUUCUGUGACUGCCAGCACGUGGCAGAUGUUAUGUCAUAAUUGGUCAACGCAUGCAGGUUUUUUAUUGGUUUGGAAAGGAAUGUAGGACCCCAUGGCUGGGCUUGUCCUUCAGCAAGAGACGUGAAUAGCAACUUCCUGCCAAACAAUUCCUACUGUGGUGAUCAGCUGCAAAGGAAGACAGGACUCCCGUCUCUUUGAUGGUUGUGUAAAAGGAUGGAUUUAAGCAGGUGCUGGUUGGUUUUCUUUUCUUUUUUCACCUGCUGAGCUUCAUCAGUCCAAGCCUCUCUCCUAUGCAACUGUUGCAAGAGCCCCGUUUUGCAGUUAGCCAACUGAUCAGUGGACAAAAACACAAUUCCUGAUAUUCUUAUAGACCGCAGUGAAAGGAAGAGACAGAAACUGGAUGGUUAUCCAUGUAAACCAGCUUUGUAUGUGGCUCUCUUGCUUACACAUGGAAUUCUGUGUUUAAGUGUUUGUGAAGCCUGGUGACUCAACAGCGGCAUUUCAUUUUAAAGAUUAUCGAAGGUGAUGAAUGUGUUCUUUAAUUGUAGUUUGAGAAGUUCCAUGACAGAGUUUUGCAACUGUGCAUCUGAAAACAGUAAGCCUCCACUGGCUGAUCCCAGACUGCCUGUUUAUUGGACCAUCAUCCUUAUUUCAUAUAAUCAUAGAAUUGUAGACUUAGAAGGGACCUCCGAGGGUCAUCUAGUCCAACUACUGCGAUGCAGGAAUCUUAACUAGAUAAUACACGACAGAUUUCUUUGCGGAGAGAUUCAUGUUGGCUAAUGAAUAAGCAUUCACUCUGUUUGUGGGUGUUGUAGUCUCAGGGAGGUACUUGCCUGGUGGCAGAGUCCAUAUGCAAGGUCCAGUCCAGUCCAAAGGUCAGGAGCAUCUCAGUUCAUGUCGUCAGACGAUCCAGGGGUCAAGAAAGCCGAGGGUCCAAGGUUACGGGAAGCAAGAAGCAGCAAGGUCUGGCCAGGAAGGACGAAAGUUGUUUCCACAAUUGACCAAGGCUAGAAACCCUGCUUAAGAAAGCUGAAGCCAGCUGGUUCUCAUCAGGAGCAAGAAGGCUGCAGCUGGUCAGCAGCAGGUGGAGUUACUUUGCCUUCUGCUCCUUCAGGCUGCUGCUCAGCAGCUGAAGCUGACUCCUGGCCCAUGACACUGUCCUCCUCCGCAAGGUGCCCCCGACCCGCCGGCUGCGUGUCAGCUUAUGGGGGAACCAACGGUGGAACUGUCAGGCCAACCGGGGAGCAUGGACAUACGAAGCAUCUUCCCAUGAGUGUUCCUCAGGGCCGUAGCCCUUCCAGUCCACCAAAUACUGCAAGAGACGUUGGCAUUGACAGGAGUCCACAAUUUGUGCCACUUCAAAUUCUGGCUCCCCUUCCACAAAGACUGGUGGCAUACUGGCAGGGACCUCAGGGAUGAGCAAGGCAUGGUGAAAGACCGGGUGUACCUUGUAGGAAGCCAGGAGCUUGACCCGGCCGGCCUCUGGGUUGAUCUUGGCCUGCAGGAAAGAGACUGAGGAAUUGGGGUCCCAGUUUCCAUGAAGGGUUCUGGACCGGCAGAUGCCGGGUGGAGAGCCAGACCAAGUCCCCCACUGCCAGGGGCCCCCCGGCUUGCUGAUGUCAGUCAGCAAAAUGCUUGUAAUCCUCCUUUGCCCAUUGGAGCUGCUUGCGGAGAACCCAAUGGAUGGUCCGCAGCUCCUGCAAAAGCUGUUCUGCUGCCGGAAGCAUGGAAGGAGAUGACAGCAGGGAAAAGAAGCAGGGGAACCCGUAGUUGGCAAAGAAUGGGGAGAGGCAUGUCAAAGUGUGGCGAGCACUGUUAUAAGAGAAUUCAGCAGCUGCCAGGAGUGAGUCAGUUGUUCUGAUGGAAACUGACAAAGCACCACAGGUACUGUUCCAGGAUCCUAUUCGCACGUUCUGUUUGCCCAUCCGAUUGUGGGUGGUAGGCAGAGGAGAGAUGGAGCUGCACCCUCAAACCCGUCAAAGGGCCUGCCAAAAGUGAGCAGUAAAUUGCGGUCCCCUAUCAGAUACCACAUGCUGCAGCAGGCCACCAUGCAGGCAGAACACUUCUCUCAAGAAGAGGUCUGCACUUGUUUGGGCUGAGGGGAGGCCAGUGGAAGGGAGAAAAUGUGCUAUCUUGGUCAAGGUAUCCACCACUACCAAAAUGGUAGUCACCCCUUGGGAUGAAGGCAGGUCCAUGAUAAAGUCCAGUGACACGGUCUGCCAGGGCCAUUCAGGCAUUGGUAGAGGUAGAAGGUGUCCUGCCGGCUUGCCAGGGACAUCUUUAGCCCAAUGACAGACUGGCAGGAAGCCACAUAUUGCUCCACCUUGUCCCAAAGACAAGGCCACCAAAAGUCCCUGGCCACCAAAUGAAGAGUUUUGAAGUGUCUGAAAUGCCUUGCUGGUAGACUGUCAUGGCAUAACUGCAGAACAGUUCCCCGCUGUGGACCAGGAAGCACAUAAUAAUGGCCCCCAAACUGCAGCAAGUCCUGGUGCACCAUCCAGUGGUGAGGAGAGUGUCUAGCCUGGUCAGCCAAUUCUUGCCACCAGUGCUGCACAUAGGCGUCCCACUGUUGCUGCUCCCGCAGCUCCCACAAAAAGUCCCUAGGAAUCUGGGCCGUAGCAAAAUUGGCAGGAGGCAAUAUCAUGGGUGUACAUGACGCAUCGUCAGACCUCUCAUACUCUGGCUUCCAAGAAAGGGCAUCAGCCCGCUGGUUCAGGCUGCUGGGAAUAUAGGUAACCUUGAAAUCAACGUGGGAGAAGAACUGGGACCAUUAGAUCUGGUGCUGAUUCAGCUUCUUGGCUGACAGGAGUUGUCCUAGGUUCCGAUUGUCCAUCCAAACUGGAUAACCGGCCCGCUCCAACAAAUGAUGCCACGACUCAAAUGCCACUUGAAUAGCCAGUACUUCCUUGUCCCAAAUGCCAUAAUUCCGCUCUGCUGGUUGACAUUUUCAGGAGUAGUACCCACAGGGAAAGAGCACCAAAGACUGUGGGUUGGCCUGCAGUGGGUUGGCCCCUACUGCAACAUCCGAGUCAUCUGUUUCCACCACAAACAGCCGUGCCGAGUCCGGUUGCCGAUGGAUGGGUUGUGAAGUAAACACAACCUUCAAGGAGUCUAAUGCCCCCGAGGGAAAGAACUGGAGGGAGAAUUGGAGAGUUGGUUCUGGUCUGUGUGUGUAACAUCCACUCUGAGGAGCAGAAUACCCACAGCUAGAGAAAGGAGUCUCUGAGCUUAGAUACGAAGACCGAGUGUAGUAUCUUGGGAGAGUAUUCAGACAGGAGUAACAGGCAGGCUGAGUUUGAACAAGGAGAAGUAGAGUCUGUGAGGAUAAAGUCUCCUUGGGUCUCCUGUCAGUCAGGAGGGGAGGGAUCCUCUAGACAGAGAAGCUCCCAGACCAGUUAAGAGGGGUGUGGGGAUCCCCUGGAUCCCCUGGGAUGGAAGUACCUCAGGAGUGGGAGUGAGGAAAGGUUGGGAAACUGAUGGAAAGUCCCUCCUUCUUUAGGAGCCAAAGUGUUAAGCUGAAACACCUACACAACCACUAAGGGAAGGAACUGAAGUGAAAUAACGGGAGAGAAGCUGAGCAUCGACCAUCUAGGCUGGAAACCUGUAACAUCGAACUGAAGAGUAUUAACUGAAAAUAAGCAGCUGAAGUUGAAAAGAAGCAGAGUAUUUACUACCUUGUUUAGAAGCCUGAAACACCCGCUAGAGUUUAGUAUAGAAUCAUAGAACUGUAGAGUUGGAACCCCCUGCAAGGCAGGAAUAUGCAAGUGUCCCAUAUGGAAUCAAAUCCGCAAUAGCACUACACUGUAACCAACUGAGCUAUCCACACAGUUGAUGAAAAGUUACGUUCCACUGAGAUUUGAACUUGCAUCUCUGGAUUCAGAGUCCAGAGUGCUAACUGUUACACCAUGGAGCCACGGUAAUUAUAAUAACUGUUAACUGUUUCCUGAAAACACAUUAUCUCUUGACACAUACUUUGUUUUACCAACUUUGUUCUCUAAAAUAAAUCUUUCUAAUUUGUCCAACUUCUUUGAAUCUUCAAGUAUCUAGUUUUACCUUCACACAAAAACCAUCAGAUAACCCAAAGUGGCUAUAAUUAGAAUAUAUGAAGGUGGGAUCCGCCACCUUUAGAUGUAUACACAUAAAUACACCUUUAGAUGUAUUCAAGUCUCCAGGGCCAGAUGAACUGCAUCCAAGAGUAUUAAAAGAACUGGCAGAUGUGAUCUCAGAACCACUGGCAGUCAUCUUUGAGAAUUCCUGGAGAACAGGCGAAGUCCCGGCAGACUGGAGGAGGGCAAAUGUUGUCCCUAUUUUCAAAAGGGGAAAAGAGAGGACCCAAAUAAUUACCGCCCAGUCAGUCUGACAUCAAUACCAGGGAAGAUUCUGGAGCAGAUCAUUAAGCAAACAGUCUGUGAGCACCUAGAAAGGAAUGCUGUGAUCACCAAUAGUCAGCAUGGAUUUCUGAAAAAUAAGUCAUGUCAGACUAACCUGAUCUCGUUUUUGACAGAAUUACAAGCCUGGUAGAUGAAGGGAACGCAGUGGAUGUAGCCUACCUUGAUUUCAGCAAGGCAUUUGACAAGGUGCCUCAUGAUAUUCUUGUAAAUAAGCUGGUAAAAUGUGGUCUUGACUAUGCUACCACUCAGUGGAUUUGGAACUGGCUGACUGACCGAACCCAAAGGGUGCUCAUCAAUGGUUCCUCUUCAUCCUGGAGAAGAGUGACUAGUGGGGUGCCACAGGGUUCUGUCUUGGGCCCGGUCUUAUUCAACAUCUUUAUCAACGACUUGGAUGAUGGACUCAAGGGCAUCCUGAUCAAAUUUGCAGAUGACACCAAAUUGGGAGGGGUGGCUAACACCCCAGAGGACAGGAUCACACUUCAAAACGACCUUGACAGAUUAGAGAACUGGGCCAAAACAAACAAGAUGAAUUUUAACAGGGAGAAAUGUAAAGUAUUGCACUUGGGCAAAAAAAAUGAGAGGCACAAAUACAAGAUGGGGGACACCUGGCUUGAGAGCAGUACAUGUGAAAAGGAUCUAGGAGUCUUGGUUGACCACAAACUUGACAUGAGCCAACAUGUCAACAUGUGACGCGGCAGCUAAAAAAGCCAAUGCAAUUCUGGGCUGCAUCAAUAGGACUAUAGCAUCUAGAUCAAGGGAAGUAAUAGUGCCACUGUAUUCUGCUCUGGUCAGACCUCACCUGGAGUACUGUGUCCAGUUCUGGGCACCACAGUUCAAGAAGGACACUGACAAACUGGAACGUGUCCAGAGGAGGGCAACCAAAAUGGUCCAAGGCCUGGAAACGAUGCCUUAUGAGGAACGGCUAAGAGAGCUGGGCAUGUUUAGCCUGGAGAAGAGGAGGUUAAGGGGUGAUAUGAUAGCCAUGUUCAAAUAUAUAAAAGGAUGUCACAUAGAGGAGGGAGAAAGGUUGUUUUCUGCUGCUCCAGAGAAGCGGACACGGAGCAAUGGAUCCAAACUACAAGAAAGAAGAUUCCACCUAAACAUUAGGAAGAACUUCCUGACAGUAAGAGCUGUUCGACAGUGGAAUUUGCUGCCAAGGAGUGUGGUGGAGUCUCCUUCUUUGGAGGUCUUUAAGCAGAGGCUUGACAACCAUAUGUCAGGAGUGCUCUGAUGGUGUUUCCUGCUUGGCAGGGGGUUGGACUCGAUGGCCCUUGUGGUCUCUUCCAACUCUAUGAUUCUAUGAUUCUAUGAUUCUACAAUUGGUAGCCAGAGAGGUGGGAUCCGCUAUGUUAUUUGCCAUUUUCAAGGGCUGAAAACAGAAAUAAAAUGGCAAGAGAGAAUAAAUGUUGAGACAAAGAUGGGAGUAGUUUUUAUGUGCAGAUAUUAACAGGUGACACUGCUUAUUUCCCAACACUGAAAAUAAGCAUUCCAAGCUGUUGUUAAAGCCACAAAUAUGGGUCAGGCCCCUUUUUCUCUUCCCAAUGGGCUCAUAGGCCUCUCUCUCCCCAUGUGAUUAUUCUUCAUAUCACUCACUCUGAUCUACCAAUGCCAGGCCCAUCUAGGAAAUGGAAACACAACUAGCAUUAAUAUUCUCACCUGUUGGGAAAGAGUUCAAAUGGCACAGAACCUUUCAGCGGGUUUCUCAGAAUGUGUCAAUGGAGCAAAAUGGGCAAUAUGCAAGCUGCUUUCCUUGUGCCCCCCCCAAUGGACCAGCCCUUCAUUGCCUUGCUAAACAUAGGAAUUGUGAGCAAACACCCCUCUAUUAGCACCGUCCUUCCCAUGUGACUACCGAUGCCAGUCUAGGAAGUACUAUUGCAGCUAAGGGAAACCAACCUGAUGCCAUCUUUAAUUACCUAUAAAGCCUUAAACAGCUGAGGACCACAAUAGCUCAAGGACUGCCUCUCCCCAUUCCAUAUGAACUAGGGUUGCCACCUUUGGUCGGGCAAAAUAAAGGACAAGUCAGGCAAAAUAUGGGACAGGUCGGGGGAUCAGGGGGGCUAAAAUUACUUUACCUGGUACAGAAAUGGUAUUUAAGUGCAAGAUAGAAAAAGGGGGGGGGCAUGUCCUGCUGAACCAUAGUUGUGUGGGUUCUCCCACUUCUCACCUGAACCUGGACCAUGUUGUGUUAGUUCCAAGCAAACCACCGGGUGCAAAACAGAAAUAAAUCAGGAAGAACACAAUUUGGGUUGGGUGACACAGCAGACCAUGGACAUUUGAGCUGUCCAGACCCUGCACAGGACAGGGGCGGGAGAUACACAUUCGCAAUAAACCAUGGUUUCAGUCAUAAUGGCUUAUCAUGAUGUGUCAACCAGGGCAGUGUGUGCCUUGCUGAAAGUCAAUCUCAUUACAUUAUAUAGAGAUAUAUGACUUGUGCUGCAAGUUACUUAAUGUUUAUCCCUGGUUUUCUUUUUCAGAAUGGAUGAGAAUUAUAACCUCCUUCCACAUGGAGUAAAUUUCCAGGAUGCAAUAUUUCCAGAUACCCAAGAAAACAGACGGAUGUUUUCGAGCCUUUUCCAGUUUUCCAACUGCACUCAAGGACAGCAUUCCAUGGCCUUCUCUAGUGACUGGGAGAUGCAAGAGGACAGCAGGGUAAGGCACUUUGGGUGUUGUGUUCUCCCAGGAGGUGACUAGGAUCAGUUGAGCUGGCUUUGCUUUUAGUCCUGUGUUUGAGAGGAACAUCUUAUUAGUCAAAUUCCACACUAUCUUAUGACAGGGAGCUUGAACACUGGCCCCACGUACACCAUGCAUUUUGGGCAGUGUCAUACCACUUCAAACAAUCAUGGCUUUCCCCAAAGCAUCAUGGGAAGUGUAGUUUGUUAUAGGUGCUGAGACACCCCUCCCCUCACAGAGCUACAAUUUACCUGGGAAAAGGAAUUGAGAAUUGUAGCUCUGUGAGGGGAAUGGGGUCUUCUCCUAACAACCCUCAGCAGCCUUAACCAACUGCAGUUCCCAGGAGUCUUUGGGGGAAGCCACAUGGUAUGAUACUGGUUGAAACGUAGAGUGCAGGUGGCGCCACUGGCGGAGGAAGGGGGAUGCGGUAGGUGUGGCCCGCCCAGGCUGUCAUCCCUGGGGGGGGGGGUUGACAUCCCCCUGCCCCCCAGGACGCUCGCCCCGCCCCCGGGUGCACAGCAUGUGUGCUGCUCCAGGUUCCAGAGCAGCUAGCUCCGCCUCUGGGUAGCGCCUCAGUCUAACCACUACAUCUACUAUUGUUACAGCGGCCUUAGCUCCUACUUUCAGAAGGCGUGGGGGGACAUGACUUGGGAAGAGGUGGAGCUUUUGGAUUUCAUUCAAGGCUGCCUUACUUUGAUCACUAAUUCUGCAUCAUUUAUUUUGUUUGUUACAUUUGUUGUUGUUGUUGUUGUUGUAUUUAUUAACUUUGUAUAGUGCCCUUCAUCUGUAAAUCUCAGGGUGGUUCACAAGAUAAAAAUACAAAAUAAAAACACAAUUUAUGAAGUUUCUGUUUUUGCUUGUCAUGGCUGUAAGGGGCAAGGAGUUAUGUAGACCCGUGCUCAGCAGCAAGAAAGUGUAUGUAGCCACUUCUCUGGUUUGUGAGAUUUCAAUAUACAUUGCCUCAUUGUCAAGCCUUCCUUUUAAACAGUAAAAACACACUGUAAAAAAAAACAACAAUGAUGAGAAAAGAAAAUGGAGACUAAUUCUGCUUUAACAUGUGUUGUGCAAAUAGGGCCACAGUGAAUGGCAAAGGGUCCGUCUUCCCUUUUAUCAUCUCCCCCUUAUUGUGGCUGCUACCGCAUGCUGCAACCUUGAGGGUUGCAGGCAUCUGACGUAUUUUUUCAUCAGCAUGUUUUUGGAACAGAUACCAGUUGUGGGAAUGUUUAUGCCAUCUGAUUUCAAUAUACUCCCCUCUCCCCCUAAAUCAGGGAAACCAAGGGUUCGGAGAAAUAGGGAGAAACGCUUGGAACUCAGUGAAAGAACUGUUGUGGUCUGCUUAUUUAUGUAGGCACUUUAUGUAGUACAGCAGCAAAAAAGACAUGUCAGGUUUCUUGCAGUCUAAACAUUUAGACAAGGUGUGUGGAGAGGAAGAAGAGAACAUCGUUCGCCUUCCCAAUUUAUAAUGAAUCCAGAAUUAAUAAAUCCAGGUCUGCUCAUUAUUUGUCAUCUGCUGUCCUCCAAAGCUCUCCUGGGGGAAUCGUACCAUAAGGUGCUAUGGCUCUGUACUAGAAAUGAAUCAGGCACACUAACUCUCCUAAUGGAAGGACACAUGUCAAAACUCCCAAUGGCAACCUUGGAAACUGAGUAACAAAUGUGUUACAAGCUGAAUCACAGCUGUUUUGCUCCCUGACCUCUUGCAGCUGUGAGCAGAUUACAGAGCAGGGAAACGGCUGUUUGAAUUGAUAUUUAAAUAGUGGCUUUGAGGCACAUAUUUGUAGUUCCUAAAGCACAUUGGCCAUGCUCCUUUCUUCCUUUUGCAAAUAUUUUCCUUGAAUAAUGAAAACAUUGGAUAGAUUUUAGUGCUCAUUUCUAAACGUGUUAUGUCCUGCACUCAAGAAUAUUUUUGCGCAGACAUUUAAAAAGUGGAUUCAGUGUAUGACUUACCAUAAGAAGUACCUACAUCAUAUUUCCCAGGGGCAGAUUCCAGGGUAGGGUUGGUAGCACACUGAGAACAGUAAUUUAAGGGUGCUGGGAACUGUAGCUCUGUGGGGGGUAAACCCCAAGGAUUCCCUUUUCAGCAGAGGAGGAAUGGGCUUCCAAUGUGUGGUUCCCAGCCCAAAACGCCUGUCAUCCACAAAGCAACUUCAUCAGAGAGGCAAUAAUUUUUUCAGCCAAAGCAUUCCAUCUGCAGUAUUAGGAAUAACUGUACUUUGCAAGGCUAUUGUAAGAAUUACUUACAAUUGUAACACACACACUCACACGGGACCUGCAACAAAAUGCUGCAGUGUGGAGUGUUUCUUUUUAUGUUUCAGCCGCUCAGCCAGCCAAACCUUCUUCCUGGAUAGUCCAUUCCAUCUGCCCCUUGUUUUCUGCAACCUAUAGUCAGCAUCUGAGCAUGAUCAGUCCUCAUGGUGGAUGCUUUUGGUACCCUUUUCCCCCUUAGGGUGAGAAACCUAAACAUCUUUUUGCAGUACUGCAAACUUUGGGGUUUCCCUCAAGCUGGCUGAUACCUCCUUCUUGCGCAUGGUGCUGCUGUUUUUGAUACAUAAGCCAUGACACUCAGAAAGCCCAGUUCAGUAUUGGAAUAUAGUCACCUGACUUCCUCCAGAUGGUUUGGACUACAGCUCCCAGGGCUCAUUGCUAUGUAGGAAGCUAUAGCUGACUUCUGGGCUGUCCCUUGUCAGACUGCAAGGGGCGGGGGAGGAGGUAUGUGUAUAUUCUUUAAUUUUAAAAACAUGAUUUUUUUAAAAAGCAAGACUCCUUCCAUGGAGUAUAGCAGCAAAUGUUUUGUUAAACAAAGGUUUUGUUAAACAUUUGAGUUUCCCUUAUAGUAAGCAUUUCCUUACGUAUGGAUAUUCAUGUUGCCUGUGAAAAGAAAGCAGCAGCAGCAAGCGCAAACACCACAAGACUAUCCUCUUCCUAACAGCAUCAUCACACGAUGGAAAAGGCUAAGGAAAAAGCUGCUUCUGUGGUUCCACAAAUUUAUGCCUCUGGAAGGAAUCAUCACAAAUGAGCACUUUCCUUUUUUGUGUGUUUUGCAAUGAGCUUGGCGGAAAUUAGAACCUGUUUCAUUUUAAGUUUGGUAGUUUGUUCUGAGAUUGCCUGUAACAAUGAAGGGUAGGUGGCAAGUAUUUUAAAACAAGUCAAUAUAACAAAAACCUCUUUUUGGAAUGAGUUUGCUGGUUGGGAGCUUGUUGGCUAGAUAUUUUAGGGACACUGUUAUUCUCCUGAGGCAUAGAUGGUAGUCAUCCGUCACUGCCUAGUAAACACCUUAAGUGUUAGCAGUUGUACUCUUUUUGAGCAAUCAAGUUAGAGGGCAAAAUUAAUCCAUCAUCUCGUAUGCAGCUGACAGGGUAAAAGGGGAUCUAAGAGUCCAUAAGAGUCAAUCAAAGCAUGCAUCAAAAUAACAUGUUGCAGGGUUUUUGUUUUUUCUGGACAGUUUCAUUUGGCUGCAGUGCCGGGGAGCCCUGUAUUUGAUUGCUGCUAAUAUUUCUGUCCUGGACAUAGCAACUGGCUACCCGGGCUAGUCUCCAUACCCUCCAACAUGCUGCAGAGGAAAACUGGGAUGCCCAUCUUUCAGGGCCAUGCUGUCAUGGGAGCCAAAAUGGGACAUCCUGGGAUCCAGUCAGAAACCAGGAUGGCCUCUGUAAUUCCAGUAUGUCCUGCUCAAAUCAGGACAGUUGAUGGAUAUGCUAUUAUUACAUUCAUGUCCCACUUUUCUUUCAAGGAGAUUCUUUCCCCUAUUUUAUCCUCUGUGAGGCAGGUUAGACUGAGAGGCAGUUACUCCAUACUAGUACAGUCAUACCUCGGGUUAAAGACACUUCAGGUUGAGCGUUUUCAGGUUGUGUUCCGCGGCGACCCGGAAGUAAUAGAAUGGGUUACUUCUGGGUUUCGCCACUUGUGCAUGUGCAGAUGCUCAAAAUGACGUCACACGCAUGCCCAGAAGCGGCGAAUCACAACCUGCGCAUGAGCAGACGUGGGUUGCGUUCUGCUCAGGAUGCGAAUGGGGCUCCAGAAUGGAUCCUGUUCACAUCCAGAGGUACCACUGUAGGUCCCUGCGGACUCCGCACCCUCGAGGGCACACAAACAUGAGGCUCCUUUUUGGCAGGCUGAAGUGGUAGCAUGUGAUUUUGCGGCAUGGGCCAAUUGGCUCUUAAUCACAGGCUGUGUACACAAUAUGCUUUAAAGCACAUUUGAAGCACAUUUCCCCCACUUUUCUGGGUAUUGUAGUUUUUUCCUUACACACACACACACACACACACACACUCUGCAGCCUGGAAGCCAGACAAAACAAAUAGCAUUUAUCUCUAUGGUAGAAACUUCAAGCAAUCUUUCUAUAGAAUAUAAAAUCUUUUGAUUGGUUUGAUUCCAGAUGUUGUGCUGUUUUUAUUUUAUUGUAUUAGAGAAUCUGCUGUAUUACAUGGCUUUAAUCUGUGCUGUAUCAUAGCUAUGGGGUGGCAAGUUUCUUUUGAUGUAUAAAUGUUCUUUAUCCUGUAAGAAGUAAAGCAAUAAAAACAAAUUGUUAAAAAAACAUAGAAACUUCAGCCAGUUUAACUCCUUUAAUAUUCUUCAACUCCUAUGGCUUUCUCCUGGGGAGCCUUGGGAAUUAUAGUUCUGCAAAAUAUAUAAAAGAUUCCACAGUGGGAAGUUGUAGUAAUUAAAGUGGCUGCUAUUUCUCAGCACUUUUCAAGAGGCUGCAGCAGUUACACGGGUCGGGGUUUAUGGUAUGCCCAAAGACAUGUGGACAAACCUUCCCAAAGCUAAUGAAAACACACAGCUAAUUUUAGCACACACUUUCUCCCAGCCCUGGAGGCAGAGAGAUCACAAGAGAGAUUAAGGCCAGUUGGCCCCUGCAGCAUUCUUUAAGGGUCUCAAGGAAGACACGCCAGGGCACGAAGCAAUCAAUUAAAAAUACAGGAUUGCUCCAUUGGUUUUUAGCACUGUCAGUCAUGUCAUGUCGUCAAACAGCUGCUUAUGCUGAUUGAAAAGUCAGGAGAUAUUCUGACCCAACCAGGGAGGGAGAGUGUGGAAAUGUGAGGACCUUUAUGUUUUCUCUAGCAACUUCCUGUGUUUUUUAUACUAGUUCCACUUUCACAUCUCCUGUCAAGAACUACAGCUACACAGUGGCUGCUUAUUAUUUGUAAAGACUAUAUAGCAAUGAAUGCCCAAUCCUUAAAAAACAAGCAGACCCUUAUUUGUGUGAACAGUGGGCUGUGUUUUUUUUUCUUUUUAAGAUAAGUGUGCUGCUGGGCUUUUGAAACUGGAUUUGUCCAUAAUCUGCUGUUCUUUUAUAGACUUCCUCAUGCAAUUGAUUCUGAUUGAAGACCUCUUUGUCCAUUUAGUUGUGGUUCUCUUCAGGAGAGUUGCGGUCAUUAUUUGAGGGGAUCAGGCUGGUUUUGCCUGUCCCCUGCUCCCCGCCCCCCGGCAACUUUUGACCCGACUGAUGUGAGCAGAUAUGGGGUCAGCCCUCCUGACCAGCUGGGCUUGGGAUUGCUCUGUAAGAUGUUGUUCUGAAUGGAAAGAGUGCAGCAUCUCUAAAGUGCAGCAUUUGCUUCAGUAGCAGAGGCUAGGCUUGGUCUUUCCAGAUGCGUGGGCAAUACCCUGUUGCCAAACCACCAGGCAAACCUGGAAAGCUUUUUCUCUCUGUUCAUAGCAGACAUGCUGAGAGCUAAGCCCAUUUCAUAAAUAUGCUAAUGGUCUUACUGAUGUUCUUUUGUCUUCUUAACUAAACAAACUUGGCAUAUGUGCUGUGCAAAAGAUCAAGGGCCAGUGCAUUCAUGCGGCAGUUCUAGGGAGACCUCAGCUUUCACAGAAAUAAAAACAGCUAGCCUGGAAAGCCAAAAGCACCGCAAUGAUGUAGUAUGAGCAAAAUUGCUGGCAUUAGCUCUGUGUCUCCUGCCAUUAUCCCUCUGACAUGACUUGGACUUGAUGCAGUAUCCAAAAUGCUUCUCUUGUAUUUUUCAGUAAGAAACACCCCCUUCAUUUAAUUUUGGUUAGAUAGUCUAUGUAUUAACUAAACACAAUCAUUACCUUGUCCAUGCAAUUCACCCUUUCAAGAAGCUUCUGUCCAUGCAUUCUUUAGCAUGAAUGAGACUUCAACACUGUGGCUGCAUAGACCCACCUAUCAGUGAGAUAUCAGGCAACAAAAUCCUGUGCAUGAUUUUUCAGAAGUAAGUCUCGGUCAGUUCAAUGAGGCUUCCUAUCAGGUAAGUUGGCAUUGCCUAAGCAUGCCAUCCUAUACGUGUCUCUUUAACAGUUCAAUGGGACUUGCUCCCGUGGAAGUAUGAUUAGGUUAGGACUGCAGCCUAAGUUAACAUUUGCAAUGAUAUAAAAGAUUGCCAGAUAUACUGUUGCAUAACACAGAAAUGUUGAUUGAGCUAUGCCAGCAUUUGGGUCUGCUCCGUGUCCAAACCUCUUUGGUUCCUGCCAAGUUCCUUGCUCCAUUGCUGCCUUGCUCUUCAUUGCCACCUGUGUGUGGAGCAGGCAUUUCCUCUUUGGCUCCUGCUUUGAAAGAGAUGCAGAGAGAUAUUAUCCCAAAGUUUGGCUCUCUCUGUGGCUUAAAAUGAACCGGACUAGACCCCUAGAGAGGAAGGGGAUUUGGGGAGAUGGGGAGGGGUCCACUGGAGCAAAAACAACUCCCUGCAAAGCCCCUUCCUAUCUGGAUUCUCACAUGGACGGGGAAAAGGCAUUGACCUGAAUUGGUGAUGCCUUCUGAAAUCUGAAGAGUCUCCCCAUUUUGUGCAUUUGGGUGAAGGGGAGUCCCAGGGCAGGAUGCCUGGGAGGGGGGGGGGUCUGUUCAGCUGAUCCGUCCAGGAUUCACCACAGCACCAGGAUGCUGCAGUUGCUUGCACAUUCCUAAUUUGCUCAGAAGUUUGAAACUCAAAAAGGGAAAAAGGGAAAACAAUGAUUGAAUGACAUAGGAGAGGUGGGACGUGUAUGUUUGGCUCAUGCCUAUAUGCAGCACCAGCCAGCCACCCCCCCCCCCCCCCCCCGGAUUCAGUGGCAGUUAGGGACCAUGUCUGUAGCAGUGGAGCUUACUGACAACUCAACCUCUCCUCUGCCCUUUUCACGCCUCUUCUGGCUCUGGGAGACGGGGGGGGGGGGGGCAGAGCUUGUUGCAAUACACUCAUGACUCUUCACCAGCCUGACUCAUCUCUUUCUCUUGGCCUCCCGCCUCCCACUUGCCUGAUUCAGCUUCUGCCUCUGAUUCUGGACUUCUCUCUGCCACAGACUCCCCCUGCUCACAAAGCCCUGUUGCCCCUUCAGCUUCUAAUACCUCCUCUUCCCAGUCUUCUCCCUCUGACCACUCAUUGUUUUCCCACCUCCACUCCCAUACCCUCCAACAUUUCUCAAAUGAAAAUAGGGACAUCCCAUAAUGAUAAUUUUACUGUUUAUACCCCGCCCAUCUGAUUGGGUUGUCCCAGCUAUGCAGGGCAGCUUCCAACACAUAUAAAAACAUAAUAAAAGUAAAUAAGCAUAAAGUAAUAAUAAUCCGUCUACAGGAUUGCCUUCAGAUGUCUCUGGGGUCAGAAACGCCAUACCCUGCAACCUUUCUCCAAUGAAAAUGGGACAUCUUAAGGAAAAGUGAGACAUUCCAGGAUCAAAUCAGAAACCGGGAUGGCUUCUCUAAAUCAGGGACGUCCCUGGAAAAUAGGGGCACAUGGAGAGCUUUCACUCCCUGGGCUCUUAGCCUUCUUCCCCCCAUUCCUCUGCAUCCAACCAGCCCAUGGCAUAUGGGGAAAUGGCAGUGGGUGUGCACAGCUACAGUCUCCUGACGCAUGAGAUGAUUAUUCCAUGUCUUCAACAUGUGAACAGGGUUAGCUCUGCAUAGGACCCCAGAAAAGGUUUUUAAAACCUUUGGCAGAAAUGUCUGGAGAAUCUAACCAUAUAAGAAGAGCCCUAUUGGAUGGAAUCAAAGACCUGUCUGGUCCAGUGGCCUAGCAGAUGCCCAUGGGAAGCCCAAAGCAGGGCCUGAAGGCAGGAGCUCUCUUUCAUAGCUAGAUCCUUCAGUUCUGCCCCACAUUCUCCUUGACAUAUGUUUGCUCAUUCAUUACGCAUCUUCUCACAUAUGGGUACUGAUAAUAAAAUGACGUUCAGUGAUUGGAUAGUUACAGAAAAUGGUUACUGUUGCGUUCUAGUGGAGCUCUAUAUAAGCAGGCUGACUGAGGCCUUCAGUUCAGUUCUGUUCUGGCCUGUGAAUAAACAAGAGCUGUUUGAAGAAUCGCUGUGUCAUCUGAUAUGUUCACCCACAACUUAACAGCUGAAGUGUGUAUAUUUCAGGCAGUUGUUGAGCAUGUGCAGAUGGCAGCGUCAGUGAAUUGGAGUUCAGGGCUGGGAAGCAAAUCAGGUAAACAUCCUCUUCCAUUCUCUGGUGUAAGAAAGCGACUUGAAAUGUACUGGUGGGGUGGACAAACUCACUGCACUGCAAGCCGCUAAUGUGUACACAGCCUCAAACCGGAAAACUAAUUAUUAAUGGUUGUCAGAUAUUAAUCAUGUCCAUUUUUGCCACCACUCCUUACAUUUGCAGUGCCAACCAGACUCAAGUGGCAUCUGGCAGCAACAAGCUAACUGAGGAACUGGAACGUUGGGAUUUCCAAUUUGUGCCCUUCAUUCCUCAUGGUUCAGCCAACAUGGUUGCAAGCAGUGCUAUAUUAUUCCUGAAAUAUAAAUAUAUGGAUAAUGAUAUUGUGCAAAUAUAGUAGCUGUUUAUUCAGUGUUGGGAUGUGCUUCCUAUACCCUGGACUUCAAAAUGCAGGGCAGUCAGAUCACAGUCAACUAGACCACCUCUUACUUACCGUAUUUUUCGCUCGAUAACACGCACCUGACCAUAACACGCACAUAGUUUUUAGAGGAGGAAAACAAGAAAAAAAAAUUCUGAAUGAAACAGUGGAUGUAUCAUUUUUGUGCUUCAUGCUGUGGCCACAGACAUGUGAUUUGACGGUGAGUUUGGGGUAGCCCAAUGCAAAGAUCCUGAGAAUCCAUGUGGAUCUGUGCUUUGUAACCACGUUUUUGCACCAUUGCAGCCCCAGGCAACAGUGGGUGCGUGAUUUUUUUGGUGCAGGCUGUAGCCAUGGACAUGCUAUGUGAUCUGAUGGUGAAUUUGGGGUGACCCAAUGCAAAGAUCCUGAGGAUCCAUGUGGAUCCGUGCUUUGUAACCACGUUUUUGCACCAUUGCAGCCCUGUUUUUGCAUCAGAUCAUUGCUAUGUGAUCUGAUGGUGAAUUUGGGGUGACCCAAUGCAAAGAUCCUGAGGAUCCAUGUGGAUCCGUGCUUUGUAACCACGUUUUUUGCACCACUGCAGCCCUGUUUUUGCAUCAGAUCAUUGCUAUGUGAUCUGAUGGUGAAUUUGGGGUGACCCAAUGCAAAGAUCCUGAGGAUCCAUGUGGAUCCGUGCUUUGUAACCACGUUUUUGCACCACUGCAGCCCUGUUUUUGCAUCAGAUCAUCGCUAUGUGAUCUGAUGGUGAAUUUGGGGUGACCCAAUGCAAAGAUCCUGAGGAUCCAUGUGGAUCCGUGCUUUGUAACCACGUUUUAAGUGGAGAGGGAAGGAAAAACAUAGAAGGGACAAGGAGCACCAAGAGGGGUGUGCGGAGAAGCAGCUGGCUAAGAAUGCAGGAGAGGGGUUUUACCGGAGGGAGGAAAGGAAGGCAAAAGUUCCCCCCACGCACCCACCCAAGCCAGCCAGCUCUCUCUCUCUCUCUCCCACCCCCACCUGCAUGUUGCAGCACCGGAGCACGAGAGGAAUUAGAAGGAAAGACGCUCUGCUUUCCCCUCUGCUUGCCUGGAGGGGAGGGGUUUUCUCUGCUCUUUGUUCCGUUUGAGCAAACACAGUAACAAACAGAAGCGGGUGGGCAGUAAGACCCUGAGGCAGAAUGCAGGAAAGCAGCAGCUUCCUCUUUUCAAGGCUUCCCUUCUCCGGAGGGCUCCGGGGACCACACAUUCGCUCAAUAACACGCGCAGACAUUUCCCCUUACUUUUUAGGAGAAAAAAUCUGCGUGUUAUAGAGGGAAAAAUACGGUAUAUGCCUCUUGUCACUCUCAGAGAUCUCAAACAGGUUUGUGAGAAGCUAAAGUAAAUGCAAUUUGGAUUUUAAAAAAACGUUUCUGAAGUGAAAGGCACUAAGAUCACUGCUACCCAUUUCUCGAAUGUGGCUGAGCAAAAAAAUCUGCAGCCUCCUUAGAAGUUAGCCUGCAGGCACAGCACACUAAACAAUGCUUCACUUCUGGAAUGUGUGCAAUUUGCAGACCCAACAGCCAAAGAGAUGUUGUUGUUGUUUAGUCGUUUAGUCGUAUCCAACUCUUCAUGACCCCAUGGACCAGAGCACGCCAGGCACUUCUGUCUUCCACUGCCUCCCUCAGUUUGGUCAAACUCAUGUUUGUAGCUUCGAAGACACUAUCCAACCAUCUCGUCCUCUGUCGUCCCCUUCUCCUUGUGCCCUCCAUCUUUCCCAACAUCAGGGUCUUUUCCAGGGAGUCUUCUCUUCUCAUGAGGUGGCCAAAGUAUUGGAGCCUCAGCUUCACGGUCUGUCCUUCCAGUGAGCACUCAGGGCUGAUUUCCUUCAGAAUGGAUAGGUUUGAUCUUCUUGCAGUCCCUGGGACUCUCAAAAGCAUCAAUUCUUCGGUGAUCAGCCUUCUUUAUGGUCCAGCUCUCACUACUGGGAAAACCAUAGCUUUUACUAUACGGACCUUUCUUGCCAAAGAGAUAACAUUGUACAAAUGUUAGGCCUCCAAAGGGUUAACUGGGAACUCUUUCAUAAGCGGGGGGGGGGGGGGGGGAGAGACACUCUGCUUCUUUGGUUAAGGCUGCUGGUAAUUAUACAGAGCUGCAGUUUAAACACAUCCUGCCAAAUGCGCACUAUGUCACCCAAGGAUCUGCUGCGUUUGAUCUCCCCAGAAGGCUUUCGCGAUGCCACCAGGGCUUGCGUAUCUCAGUCACACAGAGCAGGCUUCCUUUUCACAAGCACAAUAGUUGCGGUAGCUAAGCUGCAGAUGACAAGGGAGUGAUGUGUUGUUCCAGGAUGUUCAUACUUUAGUUUCUAAACAUUACUUAUCACCCCCAAUUUAAAGAGAGACCAAAAGUUCUUCCAGCCCAACACUUUCUCCAACAGUAGCCGACCAGAUAACCCAGGGAAGCUGGCAAGCAAAAGCAGGGAACCUCAGAUCCAGGGGCCAAAACCACCGGCCAAUCUUCUUUAUCCAGCCCUUGAGACUCUCCCUUGGCCCACGCCUUUCACCAGCUCCGUGGAGAGAGAGAGAGAGACCUUUCAUUUGCUGUAUUCUGCUUUAUUUUAAAGAGUUCUGCCAGUAAAAGUUUGAAUAAUAUUGUUAUGUGUUUAGACGAUGAUUUAUUCCAAAAGGAGUCAGUUUUUACGCUUCCAAUUGCUUCAAACUGUGCAAUAUUAAUAUCUGCAACAGGGGUGCCACCUCGUCUUUCACCUCAGGCAACCAAACACCCUACGUGCCACUAGGGCAAGCUUCCUCAACAUCGGCCCUCCAGAUGUUUUUGGCCUGCAACUCCCAUCGUCCCUAGCUAGCAGGACCAGUGGUCAGGGAUGAUGGGAAUUGUAGUCUCAAAACAUCUGGAGGGCCGAGGUUGAGGAAGCCUGCACUAGGGUGACAAGAGUCCUGGGCCUCAAACAUCCGACAUGAGUAGCAACUGCUUCCUUUCCUGUUGUUUCUGGUUCUUAUGUGAAUGUGGAAAGAUGCCUGCCUUGCCCCAUGUUGAGAGGCCACACAUAUCUACACAUCUCCUCCUCCAUCCCAGCCAUGUAGGAGAAGAAGCAGAAGUCAGUCAUGCUUCUUCUGUUACCACUUCUUAGAAAAUGUGAAGCACCCCUCCAUUCUCACUUGAUGCAGACUAUUGGAGCAAGGGAAAUCUGUACUGGCUUAAACACAUACAUAAACACAUAAUGAAACAUUAAAAAACUUCCCUAUCCAGGGCUGCCUUCAGAUGUCUUCUAAAGGUUGCAUAGUUACUUAUCUCCUUGGCUAAGGGGUUGCAUAACUCCAUACCAUCCAACAUUUCUCCAAUGAAAAUAGGGACAUUCUGGGAUCAAAUCAGAAACUGAAAUGGCUACUGUGAAUCCAGGACUGUCCCUAGAAAACAGGGACACUUGGAGGGUCUGGAACCAGACCUGGUUGUGGUGGUGCCUCCGUGCCUGAAACCACAGACUGUAUUCCACAUUACCAGAAGGAUACAGGGCAGGAGGCCACCACUCAGACUGUGCUGAUUGGACAAGCAUCCAUUUUGGCACUGGGCUAUGGAAAUGUGAAUUGCAUGAUCCAGCCAUAGGUUCAGUCAAACUUAUACAAUCCUGGUUCUCAUUUUAUUUUGUAUAGUUUUGCAUAGAUUUAUGUAAGAAGAAGAAGCUCAUCAUGAUAUGUCUAUUUAAAGAAAAGAACGUGCUUAUUUAUUCUUUUAACAGAUUGUUAGGAAAUAAUAGACAUCUUGAAAAACAAGAUUGGCGCAAGAGGCAAACAGAAAUACACAUAUCCCACUAUUCCAGAUGUGAAAAUAAACUGGGAUUCCACUAGACUUAAAAUCCCAAUUACCACAAUGCCUUCUGUCCUACUUUGUCAUAUUUUUCCAUGAUUUGCUCUGCCCUUUUUAAUGUGCCGAGAAUUUGGAGACGCAAAUAAUGUGCCAAGAUCAUGGAGUUAUGCGCCUUGCUUCUAUCUGAGGACAUUAGGAAAAGGAAAUUACUUUGGGUGAAUUUGGAACCAUUGUCCUCCAGUGAAGUGUGCUCCAGGUUUUUAAGAGGUUCCGUCUGUAUCUUCCAUUAGCCAUUUCACAUGUUUGCCAAACUGGAUUGUGAGAGGUUUAUAUAAAUGUCAAAAUACAUAGAGCAGGAUAAAAUAUGUCUGGGGUUGAGAGAUUGCAUCUCCCUGAAGCCACAAGAAAAUGAUUGGGUUACAGGCGACACUGCAGGUCUUGUUUACCAGCAACUGGCAGGAUUUCAGUAGUUUUCAGAGACACAGUGUCCUGCUGGUUCUCGUGUGCUUCACCAGAUGCUGUGAUGCAGGCAGAAAGGACAAAACAAAUACUUGAACUGAAGGACAGUAACCGCAAGAAUUAAGCAUCAACAUUUGUGCAUAGGAAAGCAUACUUUGCCAUGUCACUGAGACAUUUGGGGCUUUUUACUUAGAAAAAAAGGCAAGUAAGGCGGGGGGGGGGGACAUGAUAGAGAUGUAUAUUAUUAUGCCCAGAGUGGAUAAAGUAGAUAUUGAGAACCUUUUCUCCCUCUCUCAGAAGACACAAUGGGCUCACACAAUGGGCUGAGUAUUGGAAGAAUCAUGAGAGACUAAAAUAAGUACUUCUUCAUACUGUGCAUAGUCAAAACUACCACAAGAUGCAGUAAUGGCACCAACCUGGAUGGCUUUAAAAGUCUUUUAAAAUGAGUAGGCAAAUUCAUGGAUGAUAAAGCUAUCGGUGAUUGUGUACUACCUCCAACAUUGGAGGUAAGUGUUAUGUUGUGGGUGAACAAUCAGACGACACAGUGAUUCUUCAAACAGCUCUUGUUUAUUCAGAGGCCAGAACAGAACUGAGCUGAAGGGUUCAGUCAGCCUGCUUAUAUAGAGCUCCAGUACACAUAAUGGUAACAACUUUCUAAAACUAUCCAAUCACUGAACGUCACUUUCGAUCCCUUAUUUGCAUAACUAUCUACAGUAUCCCCCCUUGGCCCAGUGUGAGAACUUCAGUACAUAACAGUAAGGGCUGAUGGGGCUCAUAAACCUGGGAGGGUAGUCUAUCUAGAAGAAGGAAAACUCUGAUCCAAAACCUCUGCUAGCUUGUAGCUAAACCCAUUUGUGCGAAAGGCUUCGGGAGUAAAUCCCGUGGAAAAAUCUGUACUUGCUACCUUGCAGGACGUCUUUGGGAGAAGAAAAGGUUAAGGAGUAAACCCUAACACAAAUCUAGAGUGGAGUCCCUAAGGCAGUUGGAUGGUGUCUUGUACACCUCCUUCUGGCAACUCCUGCAGCCAAGCUGCUGCCAAAUUUAUUGCUCUCUUUCCCUUUGGACCUCAUCAGCAAGGUCUUGUCAUCUGGGCAGCCCAGGACCUCCACACGCGCUGCCUCCAUACUGCAAGCAAAACCUCCAUACUGCAAGCAGGACCUCCAUACUGCAAGCAAAAACAAGGCCGGAGGCAGCAAGUAGGCGUCACCAGUCUCUGCAUCCACAACAGGUGUGAUGAUUCUCCAGUGGUUUGAUUUCACCCCAGGAAGUGCACUCCGCGGUCUCUUGAGGCAGACGGAUGCCAACAAAAGUGUCUCUGCAUACCAGCUGCUAGGAUCACAAGUGGGGAGAAGGCUGUUGUGCUUAAGUCCUUCUUCUGGGUUUCCCAUAGGCACAAGAAACACCUUAUCUCCAUAGCCGUUUUAAACAAGAUCCUUGCACUUCUUAUAUUAAAGCUGUGUACAUGCACCAGUUUCUCAGACUUUUAAAGUUAGCAUGGUGGAUUUAUUGUUACUCUAGUUGUACAUGGUUGUGCAUGUAUUUUAUACACAUUUUUUCCCUUUUCUAUAAAGAACCCACAGUAGUCCUAGAUAAAAUAGUUUUUACAGCUUUUUAGAAUCCCUUCAAAACUCUGCAGAACCUGCUGACUAGAGAGUAAAGGAAAUUUAGAGAAGAGCGUUUGCAUCUUUUUCAGUGUCUCAUGCACAGCUCAAAAAAACCCAGGCAUGGCCAGCAUAAGAGUGUAAAUCCCUUUUCCUUCUGAACAUGGAAGACACAUGCUGGAGAAUAGUGGAUCAAAACCUGACUAAGAAAUUUCCCAUAUGUUACUUAAAAGUUUUGACAUUUUUAGGUUCUUAGAAAUUCCUAAGCUAUUUUUCCUGAAGAUUCACUUCUGAUAUAUUUGGCAGAUAUAUUUGUACAGGGGUGGUCUGUGGCUGGAUCUACACACAGGAAAAAAAACUAUAAAUAAUUUAUAAAUAAAAUUGUUAUAACAAAAGAAAAAACACCUUAUUGUAAAAUUGCAUAGUUUUGUGCUCUACGGUGCUAUCUGGUGUCGGAUGUUUUUAACGCAGUUAUACCGAUAUAAUUGACUGAGCAUAGCUGAGUCCUAGGUCUUCAGUGCCAUAGAAUUUCAUGACUCUGUGGACAUGGCUGACUAUGUAGCUCAACUACACUGCACAGUUAUGUGCUGACCAACUUGUCCUUUUAGUAGUCUUAAAAGGGUGAAGGAAAUCACUUACAAUGGAAAGUACAAAAUUGAAAUGAGAUUAGGCAGACUACUGCUUUGGAUGGCUUUUGUAACACAAGAAAAAUGGUUAUUAAACAAUACGGUCAUCCUUCCAGGCUGCCAUCUUAAAGCCAAAAAAGUUUUUGACAUAUAGUUAGUUAUCCACCUCCUAUGCACUCAUUGUUUUCAUGUUGCAAUGAGCCAUAACAAUAAUGUUGACUUGCUGAGGAUGUUUUGUUAGAGAGAAAUAAACCACAAUCCCAGUUUGGACAUAACAACAAUGCUGGGCAACAUGGCUUAGAGAGUGGGAAGGGACCCCGAGGGUCAUCUAGUCCCACCCCUGCAGUGCAGGAAUCCUUUGCCCAAGGUGGGGCUCAAACCCACAACCCUGAGAUUAAGAGUCUCAUGCUCUACCAACCGAGACUUGUUGAUCCCGAUUGCACUGGGGGAGAAUGAAGUGGGAGUGGCCUAGCCAUGCGCAUUAGCAAGCUCCCCAAUCCUGCUAAUAGAAUGAACCAUAAUUUAUCACUCCAUGCAAACUGGCUUCAGGCCAAAUGAGUUUGUACUUGGAAGGGAAGGUUAUAUUAAUUAUACCCCCGCUUCUGAAGUUGAGGGGAAGUGGGAGGGGUAUCUUCCUGCCCCUCCUAUAAUUAUGCUUCGCUCCCCUUCCAUCAGACUUGAAGAUUAUACUUAAAACUGCAGAGCACGUGGUUACAGGAUGUUUUUCCGUAAAGAAAAAACAUACUUUUUCUUAAUGCUUUGCUACAUUUCAAGACUGGGGCUAGAUAUUAGAUAUAUCCACCGAACAGAGUUUUAUAUUCACUCUCUCCUGCUUUUAAAAAUGUUCAAAGUAAUGCUCCCUAACAAAAGCCCUUCUAUAUUAAACUAAACUGCUGACAUAUGAACAUGUCAAGCCUUCAUUCUGUCCAAGUCAGUGGCAGUUUUCGCCACCGGAAUGCAUCUCCCCCAUUAUAAAUUAUCUCUGCUUUUGAAAACACUUAACAGAUGUGAAGGAGAUGAAGAAGUAAAGUACCCUCCACCAUUGUACUCAAGAUAGUUAUAGAAAAAUCCCCCAAGGCAUUCUUACGGCUCUACAAAGAUGACUUCUGCUUUAGCUUUUUCAAACACAACUCACUUUCUAACUAGCAAAAUGCCUGCCACUCAUAUGACAGGCUGCGUGUCUGCACAUCUGACUAGCGCCUGAGAUGAAAACACAUUUUAUUUCCUUAUGGGAACUGUGUCAGCAAGUCGGGGGAGGAAGGCAUUGUGUCAGAAGACAAUAGUGUCAGAAUGCAGCCCCUUCGUGUUUCCAUUGGAGUGAGUGGACAGCCUUGCUGGGGGAAAGGCCCAUGGGCACGGCAGCAGCCCUGCGCCCCCGCAUGCCUCUUUCCCCAGCUCAGGCUGGCAGCGGCUCGGGGUUUUUUUGCUCUUCAAGAUAUGGCAACUCUAUAGCAGAGAAUCUAAUACUACUUGUUUUUUGGUGGUGAUCUUGCUAAGGAUAAAUAAAAAAAGAUUGGCUGAUGUUUUCUCAACAGGACAUAAUAGGUGGGGGAAGCUUCCUAACCCAAAGGGUGCUCAUCAAUGGUUCCUCUUCAUCCUGGAGAAGAGUGACUAGUGGGGUGCCACAGGGUUCUGUCUUGGGCCCGGUCUUAUUCAACAUCUUUAUCAACGACUUGGAUGAUGGACUCAAGGGCAUCCUCAUCAAAUUUGCAGAUGACACCAAACUGGGAGGGGUGGCUAACACCCCAGAGGACAGGAUCACACUUCAAAACGACCUUGACAGAUUAGAGAACUGGGCCAAAACAAACAAGAUGAAUUUUAACAGGGAGAAAUGUAAAGUAUUGCACUUGGGCAAAAAAAUGAGAGGCACAAAUACAAGAUGGGGGACACCUGGCUUGAGAGCAGUACAUGUGAAAAGGAUCUAGGAGUCUUGGUUGACCACAAACUUGACAUGAGCCAACAGUGUGACGCGGCAGCUAAAAAGCCAAUGCAAUUCUGGGCUGCAUCAAUAGGACUAUAGCAUCUAGAUCAAGGGAAGUAAUAGUGCCACUGUAUUCUGCUCUGGUCAGACCUCACCUGGAGUACUGUGUCCAGUUCUGGGCACCACAGUUCAAGAAGGACACUGACAAACUGGAACGUGUCCAGAGGAGGGCAACCAAAAUGGUCAAAGGCCUGGAAACGAUGCCUUAUGAGGAACGGCUAAGGGAGCUGGGCAUGUUUAGCCUGGAGAAGAGGAGGUUAAGGGGUGAUAUGAUAGCCAUGUUCAAAUAUAUAAAAGGAUGUCACAUAGAGGAGGGAGAAAGGUUGUUUUCUGCUGCUCCAGAGAAGCGGACACGGAGCAAUGGAUCCAAACUACAAGAAAGAAGAUUCCACCUAAACAUUAGGAAGAACUUCCUGACAGUAAGAGCUGUUUGACAGUGGAAUUUGCUGCCAAGGAGUGUGGUGGAGUCUCCUUCUUUGGAGGUCUUUAAGCAGAGGCUUGACAACCAUAUGUCAGGAGUGCUCUGAUGGUGUUUCCUGCUUGGCAGGGGCUUGGACUCGAUGGCCCUUGUGGUCUCUUCCAACUCUAUGAUUCUAUGAUUCUAUGAUUCUAUGAAAUAACCCCUCCUCUUGGUUCAUGUGGGAACCAAUGACACUGCAAGCAAUAGCCUCCAGAAGAUCAAAAGAGACUACGAGGCUCUGGGCAGGAAAUUGAAGCAAUUAAAUGCACAAAUUGUCAUCUCAUCUGUCCUCCCAGUUGAACGACGUGGCCCAGGGAGAGAGGGAAAAAUAGUGGGAGUGAACAGCUGGCUUCGCAAAUGGUGUAAACAAGAACGGUUUGGAUUCUUAGAUCACGGACUGCAGUUUCUUGAAGAUGGACUUCUGGCAAGCGAUGGGCUGCACCUCACAACGGUUGGGAGGAAUGUUUUUGCCAAAAAUCUCAGAAACCUCAUCAGGAGGGCUUUAAACUGACUAAUGUGGGGGAGGGAGACAGUGCUCCUGAAGGUAGGAGUCUAUCAAUUGAUUUUGACCAGACUGCAGGAGGACAGGAAGACUGGAGUGCCUGGAACAAGUGAGGCUGCAGGUCCCUUAUUUUGGCUGCUGGUCCCUUAUUUUCAAGGCUUCUGGUCCCUUAUUUUCAAAUCUGUAAGUUGACAGCUAUGAACCCAUGGCAUUUCCUAUGCUUAUUGGAUAGAAAUGUGUGGGACACAGCAUGUUUAGACAUGGUUAUUUCCCCCUUGUAGGUGGUGAAUGCCACUUUUAGUGUUCGUAGCAAUGAAAAUACAGGUAUGUAUAUAGAAGGAGAAUUCCUGGAAGCCAAAACCUAGCAGAGAUUUAAAACCACAAAUCAUGCAGCAAAGUAAAGCAUGGAAAUAUAGGCUGUUAGAUCUUUAAAAUAUGCCCCUGUACAUUCUAAAAAUUCCUUCUUACACAUUGGUUUUCUUACAAAGUCUCCAAAGGUCAGAUCCAACUUUUCUGUACAGCAUGCAAAAAAGUUGCACAGGCAGUAAAACUUGGCUUAGUUACUUGGUUUAGGAACUCAAGAAUGGCUUGUAAGAGCCAUGAGCUUAAGCUGGAGCUGGAGCUGGAGCAGCCAGUUCAAGGCUCUUCAUAUGCUGAGCUUCGCAGGUAGAUUGAAAAGGGAAGAAAGGCUUGAAUCCUCAGCCCCUCCCAAGGUGAGCUAAGCCUGGCAGGACAGCUUGCUCCAUGGCCUUAACCCCUUCAUGCAUUGAUUAGACUUAAGAAUGUUAUUUAUAUAAGCCUGAUUAUUAGGUCAUCUUGCUUUAGGGAUUUUCUAUCUAAAAGUGACUUCAAAGACAAAAAGGUUACUCUCAAAAGAAAACUGCAAAUCCUGAAUAACAGCAUCAGAAAUUUUGAACAUACUUUUAAAUAUAUAUUACAGUGGUACCUCAGGUUACAGAUGCUUCAGGUUACAGAUGCUUCAGGUUACAGAUGCUUCAGGUUACAGACUCUGCUAACCCAGAAAUAGUACCUUGGGUUAAGAACUUUGCUUCAGGAUGAGAACAGAUAUUGCAUGGCGGCAGCGAAGCAGCAAUGGAGGCCCCAUUAGCUAAAGUAGUUCCUCAGGUUAAGGACAGUUUCAGGUUAAGAACGGACCUCCAGAACGAAUUAAGUUCUUAACCCGAGGUACCACUGUAUAUUUAUUAAAGGUUGAAAGUGCUUUCAAGGCUGAAUAUGACAAACAACAAUUGAAAAACAUAGUCUUAACCAUUAUAAUUACAAAUAACCAAAGUGUCAAUGUGCUAAAAGAUGACAAAAAUAUCAAUCCCUACAACUUUAUUUUUUUUCUUUUUUUGGGUAGCAGAUGAUGGGAAAUACCUAUUCCUAGACACAGAUCCAUUGGUAGUCAGAGUACCAGCCUUUCUCAGCCUUGGGCCCCUGGAUGUUGUUGAGCUCCAGCUCCCAUCAUCUCUGACGCCUGGCCUUUCUAGCUAGAGAGUGGUCGAUACUGGGCUAAAUGCAGCAGUGGUCCACAGGGUGGAGUACCUGUGUCACUACAUAUGUUGUUGGAAGCCAACACCCAUCAUCCAUGACCAUUGGUCAUGCUGGCUGAGACUGAUAAAUUCCAGCCACAUCUGGAGGGAUACAGGUUCCCAAUCCCUGAUCUAACUCAAUGUAAGUCAGCUUCAAGGGACAUGGAUGGCGCUGUGGUCUAAACCACAAAGCCUAGAGCUUGCCAAUCAGAAGGUCGGCAGUUCGAAUCCCUGCAACAGGAUGAGCGCCCGUUGCUCGGUCCCUGCUCCUGCCCACCUAGCAGUUUAAAAGCACAUCAAGUGCAAGUAGAUAAACAGGUACCACUCUGGCGGGAAGGUAAACGGCGUUUCUGUGCGCUGCUCUGGUUCGCCAGAAGCGGCUUAAUCAUGCUGGCCACAUGACCCGGAAGCUGUACGCCGGCUCCCUCGGCCAGUAAAGUGAGAUGAGCACCACAACUCCAGAGUUGUCUGUGACUGGACCUACUGGUCAGGGGUACCUUUACCUUUACCUUUAAAUCAGCUUCACCCAUUUGUAUUUUUGGGGGAGGGGGGAUCAUAUAUGACACAUCCAGAUCACAAUUGUAAAGGAGAAGUAAGCAUAAACUUAAAAGGUCAUUCAAGUUCAGAAGGACGGGGGGAAAUAGACUUGCUCACUGGAGCAGAGAGAGAGAGCAUGUCUCCAAUAUAUUCUUGGAGCACACUGUCUUUUGCUGGGUUUGCAAUUGAAAACAAAUGCACUUGCCGAGUGAGGUGAGCCAUCAGAAUUAUGCCUCAUAAAUUCCACUUGCAGAAAGCAGGCUAAGGACCCAAUUUGGCGUUUGCUCCCCCCCCCCCCUUAAGCUAAAGGGAAAAUGUAUCUCAAGGCCAUUUUGCAUAAUAAAUGUGCAGUUGUUAUUUUAGUUAUCCCAGGUGAUACAGCUGUUUUCCUUUGAGAAAAUGCUUCUAGAGUUGGGCAGAUCAGAUUUCCCCAGCAUUUAAAGACAUAAUAUUUUUGCCAGCUUGCUCUUUGGAUAUGCAAAAUUACCUCCUUUCAAAGCAUCUGUAUAAUUUGCUGUCUGAAGGUGCUUGCUUAAUGGUGGGUGCUACCGGCCAGCUACGACAUUUGCGGCAUAUACCUCAUCCAGUCUGCCUGGCUGGCAGCUGAACUGAGCAGUUUGUUUUGAGAUUGCAAGAGAAGCACACUGAGUUUAGCAACUGGAUGGCAAACAACAGUCUUGGCUUCCUGAAUUGUCUUAUGCUGUUGCUGGGGGAUGGAAUGGAUGCCAUUAUAUGACUCUCACUCCAUGUGGGGUUUAUAGGGUGUUAAGGGAGGAGUAGUACCUCUGGUACAAGUUGUGCUCCUUCUGGGGUAGUUUGUCCACCUUUGGUCCCAAUACUGCACUCACCUGUGGCUCCUAGAAGCUGUCAGCAUGUGACAGAGGAAUGGUUUUGACUGGCCGGCUAAACCAGGUGAGGGUAGCCAAUGAGGCUCAAACCCCAGUGAGUUAGGGGCUUCUCCUGCAUGCGAACAUAGGCUCUGGCAGAUGAAGUGGGCGAGACCAAGAAUGGGUCCAACAGUCAAGAAGGCGGUUCCUGCACGUGCUGUAGAUGGAAGUGAGGGGCAAAUGGGUCUCGUCAACCUAGGAAGGGAGCCCAUUUGGGAGAAGGAAAACUCUGAUAACCCUCUGCUGCCUUGCAGGAUAUAUUUGGGGAGAAGAAGAAAAGACUCAGGAGUAAACCCUCUACAAAUCCAGAGUGGAGUCCCUAAGACGGUUGGAUGGCACCUUGUCUGCCUCCUUCUGGCAACUCCUACAGCCAAGCUAGUGGCAAAUGUAUUGUUCUGCUUUCCUUUGGACCACAUCAGUGAGGCCGAGAGGGGGCCCUUGUCAUUUGGGCCGCCCAGGACCUCCAUCCACACUGCCUAGGCUUGUUCCCUGGGAAGGUCACUCAUAUACCAGUUUGACUUCAUCCCUGGAGGUGUACUCCAUUGUCUCUCAUGUCAAAUGCCAGCAACAACUACCUGUCCUCUCUUCUCACACCACCUUGCAUUUUUUAUGAGCAAUGUUAUAAAAUGCCAUAGAUUUCAAGUGUUGUCUCCCUACACUCUGCAAAAUAUUGCCUGCUGGUAACCUGUCUGCUCAGUUGUUAGCAGAGUAGCAGCUCCAAAAAGAUGUGUCGCUCCAAAGAGGACUCAGGACACUAGUAAAGAUUUACGAAGGCAAAAAUAAACUUAACAGUUCAGUACCAGAUCUCUGGAUUGGCAGUUUCUUAAUAAUCCAGUUGCAGCAAAAUACAACAGUAAAAUAAAACUUAAACAUACUAUAUACACUGAGCAAGUAAAAAUCAGUACAGAAUGAGAGAGAGAAAGAACUGGGGGAGAGUGAAUAACAUGAGUUGGACUGCAAUUAUAGACAGUCCUGGGGCAGUUUGGCCUUGAGGGGAGCCGAUAACAAAGUGAUCUCAUUGCAGCUGCGUUUCUGUUCCCUUGGGAACUUUCCAAACACGCUAGAAUACACCAGAAUACUCCUGUUAGCUUCUGUACACUCUAUGGUCUCUGUACCUCAGAAACGCCAUCAUACCUGACAGGACCUACUAUUGAUCUCAUCCGCUCAAUCUGCCGGAGGCUGUCUUCCCUAACUCACUGGGGGUUUGAGACCCAUCAGCUCCCUGCACCUGGCUUAGCCGGCCAGCGGAAGCUGUUCUUGGGGUUGCCGGCUGAUGGCUUCUAGGAGCCACAGAUGAGAGCUGAGUGCAGCCUGGGAAUGAAGGGUGGACAAACUGGGGAGUGGUGGUACCUUUUUGGGGAGACACAUCUAUAUACCACUACAUUGUAACAGCACAAAGCAGUUUACAAUAAUAUAAUAAAACACAUAAAAUGUAAAAUCAGACCAUUAACUAACUGUUAUGGAAAUAGGUAUUCUUAAUUGCUUGCAUAAGCUUGGUGGAACAGCAAGUUUUCAUCAGGCAUUUAAUGGUUGAAAAAGAAGGUGCAUACUGAAUCUACUGGCAAAGUAUACCAGAGGAGGACUGGGCUGGUCACACUAAAGCCUCUGUUUCUUCUCAUGUCAAAUGACACUCCUUCAGGUGAUCUCAGUGAUGCUACCUGUAGUAUCCUGGACCAAAGUUGCUCAGGGCUAUGUAAAUUAAUACAAGGACUUUGAAGCUGGGUCAGCAGUAGAUAAGUAGGCAGUGCAGAUUUUCAAACAAUGGUGCCACCAUUGGCAGUCCGGCUGCCACAUUCUGCCAGUGGCGUAGCGUGGGGGGUGCAGGGGGGGCCGGCCGCACCGGGCGCAACAUCUGGGGGGGCGCGCUCACACUCGCAGCUCUCUGCCCCUACCUGGCUCACUCACUCUCUCUCACUGCAGUGCUGGCUGUGCGAAUCCAAUCCCAGCCGCUGGGUCGCCGCCCACUGUGGAGGGGGUGGGUGCCAGGCGUGCGGUGCGGAGAGAGAGCGAGGGACUAUUUGGGGGAGGGACAGUGCAGCGGCCGCCCAGCGCAGCGCUGAGCGCGGGAGAGAACCACACCAGACCAGCCCAGGCAGCAGCAAGAAGAAGCUGGCAGCGGCGGCAGGUUAGGGGUUAGGGGGCGCAAAUUACUUGCCUUGCCCCGGGUUAGGGGGCGCAAAUUACUUGCCUUGCCCCGGAUGCUGACAACCCACGCUACGCCGCUGCAUUCUGCACCCGCUUUAGCUUCUGAACCAGACCCAGAGGCAGCCCCACAUAGAGCGCAUUGCAGUAAUCCAGCCUCGAGGUUAUCAGUGCCUGGGCUAUAGUGGCCAGGCAAUCCCUGUCCAGAAACACCCAUAGCUAGCGAACCAGACAAAACUGGUAAAAGCAGUGCUUUUUUCUGGGGGGGCGGGGCGGCCAGGGAGACGCAUACCCCCUAACAUUUUGUGAAUCUAAGUUUGGCCUCAUUGAAGGGCAGUAUUUCAAUAUGAGUAGGAAAAUGAAAGUACCCCUAACCUUUUUUUUAAAGAAAAAACGUGCUGGGCAAAAGGCCCUCCUAGCCGCAGAGGACACGGGCCUCUAGUGACAAAGAUGUAUCCAGGAAUUGCCCCAAACUACUGUGUGAGGAGCAGGUCAGCAAUAACCUACAUAGCAUUAAUGAAGUUAGCUCUUUAUUCAAAUAAAUAAGAUAACUUGGGAGGCCAGUAGAUCUUCCCAGUAGAUCUUGCUCCAAUGAGGCAGCUAUGAGGACUGAAGGUCCUCGUCUCCCCACAGCUCCCCACAGAGUCCUUUCCAAGCAACCCGAGACUUCGUCGCCUUGCCUGUCUUUGCUUCGUCCCCUUUUCAUUCUGGGAGACCAGGUGGGAAGGGGACUGGUUGCAGCAGGAGGGAGAGACCCCCUGGCUUCUUCAGCAACCUGCCUUAUUGCUGUCUCUUGCCCCCCCUCCAGCCUCUCUUCUGCCUGAUUCUGAACUGCUCUCUGCCACAGACUGUACCAGUUCACUAAGUGCUGUUACCUCUUCAGCUACCAUCACCUCCUCCUCUGCUCCCUCCAACCAUUCAUGGUCAUCCCACCACCACUCCCCUGGCUCUGAGCUGUCUUUCUUUGGGGGUUCCCCAGCCUCCCACCACUCCUCUGCAUCCAGCAAGUCCAUGACAGCUGCACACCUGCUACUUCAGAGAGAAUGUGAUGCCAUCCAGAACAGGUAGCUUUCCUAUCUCCUGGACACAGAAGCCACCCACUCAAAGAGCCUUCAUCUUCUUGGGAUUCAAUAACUGUUUACUGGAGCUCAUCCAGUCCAGCACAAAUCAGUACAGUAGAAAUACAGUGCAUUUCACCAUAGUUGAGAAUGCACCAUCUGGCUUGUGGGUCAGCUUUGUCUGCUGACCAGGUGCUGCUAUCUGUUGGAUGGGCAACUUCAUUGCCCAAAAAGGGAAAGAAGAAGAAAUCCCAGCAAAAGAAGAAUGGAUGCAAAAACUUAGGGAAUAUGCAGAAAUGGCAAAAAUUUACCAGAAAAAUAGGAAAUCAAGAUAACAAACUUUUUAAAUAAAAGAAUGAAAAAAGCCUGCUCUCAUGUUGACGCCCUCCAGGUUUCUUAUGGAGGAGGGACACAAAGAAGGGCCUCAGAGAAUGAUGGGUCAGUUCAUAUGGGGAAAGACAGUCCUUGAGGUAUUGCUGUCCUGAGCCAUUUAAUGCUUUAUAGGUCAAAACCAGCACUUUGAAUUAGGCCCAGAAACUAACUGGCAGCUAGUGCAGUCAGGCCAGGAUCGAUGUUAGAUACUUAACCUGUCUUGCCCUGGUGAGCAACGAGGCCCCUGAAUUUUGCACAAGCUGAAGUUCCGAGCUGUCUUCAGAUGCCCCACAUAUAAUGUGCUGCAAUAAUCUAACGUAGAGGUUACUCAAGCAAAGACAACAGAAGUUAGGCUAUCCCUUUCCAGCUGAAGUCUAUGUAAGGCACUCAACGCCACUGCUAUAAAUGUCUACUCUGAGAAAAAUGCGUAGAGAAUUGCAGCCUAAAGGAAAGAUUCUCUGGAAGUUUAAAUUCUCUGUCCUUUAUCACAUUUUGCACAUACACAGCUCAACACUUGCUGAAAUUGCAGAAUACAAACAACCCUGAUUAUAUUACUGGCCAUGACUACUAUUGGAUAUUGCAGUAGUCCUUAUGGUGCAUAAACAUUAGAUUCCAGGAACCUGCCUAUUUUGCUUUUAAUCAGAACCAAGAAGCACUCUUUUACACGCAAGACUGAGCACAACCCAACCAGAAAUGCUAUUUAUUAACAAUGUGAGUAUGAUAUUUUAAAGCAUUAUGACACUUUUAACUGUGCUGUGGCCAAUGCAAGUUGCAAGAGGAGACACUUCUUGAAAAUCUGUCUUGCAUUAACGCCUGUCAAAGACAAUACUAACCCAUCACCAAGUUUUCUUAAUGGAUUCCACAUUAUUCCACUGUAUGGUGAAAUACACCCACCCUGACAUGUAUUGUGGUGGAGAGGGGCAUGGCAGCAGUGAGGUUGGCAUGGUGCAAACAUGCCAGCAGAACCAAUUCAUGAUCCUGCUGCGGUGUUUGUAUUUCUCCACCAAUCAGCCCUCUCCAUCCCAGGGUGCUGCCACGAAUCAGCCACACAAAGGUCAGUGAGUGGUGCAGGCAUGUCACGCCAUCCCCUACUGGGUGUACCCAUGGUUCCCAGAUGGUCUCCCAAUAAGGUACUGACCAGUCCCAGAUGUGCUUAGCUUCAGCAAGUGGGUGGCCUCAUGUGCCUUUGGACCAUACAGCAGAAUGGUAAACAAUAAGUACAAGUAGGAUUCUGAGUUAGAGCCCUGGGAAUGGAGUUUGUGGGUAUAGAAUCAUAGAAUUGUAGAGUUGCAGGGGACCACAAGGGUUAUCUAGUCCAACGCCCUGCAAUGCAGGAAUCCUUUGCCCAAGGUGGGGCUCAAACUCAUGACCCUGAAACUAAGAGUCUCAUGCUCUACCAACAGGGCUAGUGUAGGUGUGUGAGAAAGAAUCUUGCCCCUCCUGAAAGCAUUCUGGGAUUGUGUUUUUAAGUAAAAUUUAUUACUAUUAUUAUUAUUAUUUGUUUUGCAAUUAAGAGCAAUAUUCACUGGUCAGCAAACAUGUUUUGCUUCCUCAGAUUCCCACCGUUGUUUCCACUGAAUGGCUGCAAGAGAAGUGCAGGCCUCUAAGCACAUGGUGUGGUUAAAGAAGAAUGGUCAGGCUGUCCAUAACCUCUGAAUGCAGCAGCAGCAAAUUGCUCAGCUGCUGAGGCAGCUGGUCGCUGCUAGAGCAAGGAAUGUGACUGCAGGUGGGGAAUCAAGCAAGUGCCUCUUGUGGGCUAAAGGACUUUAGACCACUGAGUUGGAAUUUCAUUGUCGCCUAUUUGUCCAUCCAUAAGACAACAGGGACCACUUUUUCUUUAAAAGAACACACACACAACAUAUAAGAAUAUAAGUCACUUUUCAGAAACAUUUUUUAAAAUGUAAAAUAAAUAGAAUAUUCCAAAACUGUUCUUAUAAACCAAAAUAAGCAGAGAUAUCGCCAUGUAAGCCAAUGACUCCCACUGGAUUUGGAUCAAGCCAGAGGCUUAUCUGAGAAACAGUCUCAUCAUUCUCAAAUUCCCUCUGGGGUUACUUCUAUACUAAAGAGUCAAAUUAGGUGGUUUCCGCUAGUGAAUGUGUUAGUUGAAUCCAGCACCAGUUUCUUUCUUUUUAAAAGUACAUUAAUGGACCAUCUACAAAGGAAGUUAGAAUACGAAACAUGGAGACAGCAUUCUAAGGCUUAUUGAGCAGAUGCAGAGGAGCUGCUGUUGCUGUGGCCACUUAGUCAUUUAAUCACUGUUCCCAAGCAGUCAGAAGGAGCGGAUGUGAGACAUUUCCUAUAUCUUCCCUGCUGAAGAGAUUUGCUCUCUCCCAACAGGAGCAGCUUGCAGUAAGAAGUACAGGCACAGAAACGAAGUGAAGGAGGUUUUGUCCUUUUAAUAGACAUUGCAUGGAAACAGAAUGUCACCCAUUGACAUUCUGUGGGUCAUAUAUCGUAUUAUGAGUAUGGGGGCCCUGAUUUACUUUUGGUCCCUACACUUUAGCACAGCAGCUUGUAACAUUCUGAAUAUUUAAAUUUAUUUUACUCCCCCCUCCAAAGGAUGAACUUUUGAGGAAUUAAAAGGUUCAGCUGGGUGAACUUGAAUUGAACCUGAAUGUUAUGUAGAAAAGCAGGUAUGAACUGGAACUAGUUUAUUUUUGGCAGGAUGAACUUGAACUUGCCCUAAUUCCAGUUUAAAAUGAAUUUCCCAAGCACUGCCCUGACUGCUGGGAAAAUGUUUCAUUGAAUUCAGUAGAGGUUGGGGGUUGAGCUAAAUGACCCCUGGGGUCCCUUCUAACUCUACAAGUCUGUGAUAAAUAGGAUUGCACUGGAAAGGUAACUUUCCUACAGUCACACAUCUGGAAACAAAGCUCUUUUCAUCCCCUGCUUUAUCUUUGCAUUGUUUCACUGAAGCGUGUUUUAUUUUUACUUCUUUAAAUUUUAAUUCUGUAAGAUGCCCUGAUAAUUUCCGUACUGAAGGGUAAUGUGUAAAAACAAUAAACACAAUACAAUAGGUAUUAAAGCCACCCUUGGGACUGUGGCUCUGCUAAGGUGCUGAGACUUCCAUUAAAGAACCACUUGGAGGAGCAGGAAUGACUUUUAAACUAAUAUAAUGUUGCGUAUUGUGAUGCAUUUGUGCCCUGAAUCUUUGUCGGUAAGGCUGAGAGAAUUCUCAUUUGCAAGCUGUUGCUUUGAUGGGAUGUUAUCAAGUCCACCAGUUUCAGUCUGCUGUGAACAAGGUGGGAAUUCCACUUUGCCAAGCAAGCCUAUUUCUAACUAACAAGGUCUCCUUUUCAGUGCGUUGCCUUCUUUCCUGUUGUCAGGCUGAAAUGAUGUUCUGUUGCAGAGAAAGGUUUCCAGGCACAGACCUUUCUGUUCCAAGCUUCCUCCAGCGUUCUUACUGUAUGACUGUGACCUCAAUCCACAGCAUGUCCGUUGCACCUUUGAGCCCUUUAGCAACUAUCUAACAGAUGGGGCUUCUCCGCAAGGAUUUUUCUGGUUUGGGGCUUAUGUAUUUCUGAUUUCCAAGCACGGCAUCAUAGACAUCUAUUUCUUUACUGAUAAAUUUUCUAAGUAUUGUAUACUUAGACCACUAGAACACCACUAGAAUAAACAGUAUGCGACUCAAUUUCAGUAAAGUGAAAUGGGUUUUUGUUAACUGUGCUUGUUUGUUAGAUCCUCAGCAAAAGCAAACAAUUACUACCUAUUCCCAGCACAAGACUUUUGUCCGUCCCUUGCAAAGCCCUCCACACUGCAGCCAGUCGUUCUGUCUUUGACUCUCAUUCUCCCAUGACUCCUGCCUUUCUCACGGUACCACCCUAAAUGCCACAAGUCCUUUGCUCGACAUCUUUGACCUCUUUGCAUGGAACUCAUCCCUUGAACGUGCAUCUUUUGGAUAAGGCUUUUGCUUAAGCUUUAAGCAUAAUAACAAUAACAAUAUACCCUGCUCAUCUGGCUGGAACUCCUUGACACAAGGAAAAGGCUGUGGCAAAGAAUUUCCAAAGUUGGAUAGAUAUCUGUAGAAAAUAACGUUAGUAUUCUUUCCAGGCUUCCUUUUCAGGCUGACCUCAGUGGCAGCAGGUGCUUGGGAAGCCCAGAGGGGAAGAUGGCUGGGCAGGUGAGCAAGGAAGCAGGCAUCCCAGAGGAGCUGCAGAGCUUUAGCAAGGUCUAAGCCGGGAAGGAGCAGCAGUUUUGGCAAGAAGGAAGGGGAGGGGUGAGCUCUAAGGGGAGGAGAUGUUUUUGGUGAGGUGUAAAGGGAGGAGGGAGUUGGUGGGCUUGUGGGGUGCAGCCCCUGGUACAGAAUGCCCUUGGAAGGGUGAAUGAAGGAACUCCCAUGUUUCUGAUAAGUCAGGGCAGUCACAUGGAAAACCACACCAACUAUCAUUAGUGUAAACAGUUCUCUACUGAGGUUUAUCUUUAUUGAGCUAAGUGAACUCCUCCUCCCGUACAGCGACAGGAAGAUACUAUGGUGUGCAUCCCUCCCUCCUUUUACAGUGAAUGACAUGGGAGAAUUUGGUGCCAAACUAUGAAAUAUGAACUGCCAUGGGGCUGCUUGUCUGUGCGCAUCCAAUGAAAAAGUGGCACACUUCCCUUCAUUUUAGUUCCUAGAGAUCUUUCUGUCCUGAUAAUCACUUUUCCUUGUGUUCCUGCCUUCAGAUAUUGAUUGCAUAAACAAAAUUCAGGACUGCAGCAUGCUAAUGGGUUGUUGAAACUCCUGGUAAAGCCUCUCUUUCCCUCUCUCCAGGUUUCUUCAUGAUGUGAUAAUUGCAAAAACAUGCACAAGUGGCGCACAGCAAUCAUCCUAAGCAGAAGAUAAAGCAUACGCAAGUGCCAGCCUGCUCUCAAGGCAGCUUUACAUGUCGUAAACCAUAUAUGCUCAAAGGGCCAUGGCAGCCACCUGGGGGAAAGUAUGUGCUUUGUACCUGCAGCAAAUUAAACUAAUAAAGUACUUGAAAAAGCUUUUAGGGAUGAAAUUUGCUCUGUAAAAUGGUGAGGCCGGGAAACUAUGUUCUACCAACUUGAGAUUAACCUAGCACAAAUUCAAAAUAGGCUCAAAGGGAAUCCACUUGGGCUCUGUGCAAAUCAGAUUACAGUGGUACCUCGAGUUACAGACGCUUCAGUUUACAGGCGCUUCAGGUUACAGACUCCGCUAACCCAGAAAUAGUACCUCGGGUUAAGAACUUUGCUUCAGGAAGAGAACAGAAAUCGCGUGGCAGCAGGAGCCCCAUUAGCUAAAGUGGUGCUUCAGGUUAAGAACAGAUUCAGGUUAAGAACAGACCUCCAGAACGAAUUAAGUUCUUAACCCGAGGUACCACUGUACUUGCUUCCUUUCACAUGGCUCCUGAACUAUAAACUGGAUUUUAAAAGCGGAGGGUAAUCUUCUAAUAUUGUGCUUUAAAUAGUAUACCAUUUCUCUCUGUACAAAGGUGCUUAUUUCUUUUUGAAAGCAUUUUUAAGAACAAGAGUUCACCCAGAGAAUAUACCUCUUGGAGAACUCUCCAGCAUUCUGAAGACAACAGUAGCAACAUAUAAUGGGGGGGGGGGUAUCAGAAAUACCCUGCAUGCCCAUGCACACACUGAAAGCAAGCUUGAGGGGACUAUGGAACCAUGCAGACCAACCCCCCCCCCUUGCAGCAUUCAUGGAGGAGGCCCAGGGUUCGCUCUGAUUGUUUAGAAAUACACAAUCGCUUUGAGGUCCUCUCCCCUAGCAUGGAAGACGAAGAGCAGACUCCAUUUGAGGAUCUCUCCCUCAUUACAGUCGAUCAGGUAUAUGAAGACGAGCAGCAAAGUCAGUCCUCAGGGAAUGUGCAGGCGACCUUGGAACGGACAGCUCACGGAAGAACCCCGACCAAACCUAAGAGGAGGCGUGUAGUGGUGAUAGGGGAUUCCCUACUGAGGGCAACAGAAGCAGUGAUCUGUGGGCCUGACAAGAUGUCUCGGGAAGUGUGCUGUCUCCCCGGGGCUAAGAUCCAAGAUGUAACUGAACGACUGCAAGGAAUCCUAAAACCCACUGACAAAUACCCUUUCCUCUUGGUUCAUGUGGGAACCAAUGACACUGCCAGCAAUAGCCUCCAGAAGAUCAAAAGAGACUACGAGGCUCUGGGCAGGAAAUUGAAGCAAUUAAAUGCACAAAUUGUAAUCUCAUCUGUCCUCCCAGUUGAACGACGUGGCCCAGGGAGAGAGGGGAAAAUAGUGGAAGUGAACAGCUGGCUUCGCAAAUGGUGUAAACAGGAACGGUUUGGAUUCUUAGAUCACGGACUGCAGUUUCUUGAAGAUGGACUUCUGGCAAGUGAUGGGCUGCACCUCACAAUGGUUGGGAGGAAUGUUUUUUGCCAAAAAUCUCAGAAACCUCAUCAGGAGGGCUUUAAACUGACUAAUGUGGGGGAGGAAGACAGUGCUCCUGAAGGUAGGAGUUUAUCAAUUGAUGAAGAUGAUCAUCCAAAUGUCAUAGACCAAAUGGAGCAAACAGCACGCAGACCUAGUGGUGGGAGGAAAAAAUCCUUAAAUAAGAAACAUGGGAAUGAUUAAUGGACUUCAAUGUCUGUACACUAAUGCGCAAAGCAUGGGAAAUAAACAAGAUGAGCUUGAGCUCUUGGUACAGCAAACUAAAUAUGACAUAAUAGGCAUCACUGAAACCUGGUCGGAUAAGUCCCACGAUUGGAAUGUAAUAAUGGAGGGAUGCAAUCUAUUUCAGAGAAACAGACCAGACAAGAAAGGAGGAGGAGUGGCGUUAUAUGUCAGGGAUGUGUAUACCUGUGAAGAGAUCCAAGAUUUAGAACCUCAAAGCCAAAGUGAGAGCAUUUGGGUCAAAAUUAAGGAGAGAAGAAUAACAGUGACCUCAUUGUGGGAGUUUACUAUAGAUCCCCAAGCCAAACGGAGGACAUAGAUGAUGCCUUCCUGGAACAGAUGGCCAAGCAUGCAAAAGGAAGGGAGAUAGUAGUAAUGGGGGACUUCAAUUACCCGGAUAUUUGUUGGAUGUCAAACUCAGCCAAGAGCAUAAGGUCAAACAGAUUCCUCACUGGCCUUGCAGACAACUUCAUUGUCCAGAAAGUGGGAGAAGCAACAAGAGGAACAGCCAUUUUAGAUCUGGUCCUAAUCAAUGUUGAUGACCUGGUUAGUGGGGUAGAAGUGGAAGGAUCAUUAGGCGCGAGUGAUCAUGCUCUUCUGAAGUUUACUAUACAGCGGAAAGGAGCAGCCAAGCAUACUAGGACUCAAUUUCUUGACUUUAAGAAAGCCGACUUCAUAAAACUUAGGGAAGUGCUGGGUGAAAUCCCAUGGACAGUAAUACUAAAAGGAAAGGGAGUUCAAGAUGGCUGGGAGUUUGUUAAGAGGGAGAUUGUAAAAGCACAACUUCAGGCAAUACCAAUGAGACGGAAAAAUGGAAGGUGCCUAAAGAAGCCAGGGUGGCUAUCUAAAGAACUUUUAACUGAGUUAAGAUUAAAAAAGGAUGUGUCCAAAAAAUGGAAAAGGGGGGAAACCACCAAAGAGGAAUUCAAACAAAUAGCCAGCACAUGUAGACACAAAGUCAGAAAAGCUAAAGCACAGAAUGAACUCAGGCUUGCUAGAGAGGUUAAAAGCAACAAUAAAGGCUUGUAUGGGUAUGUUCGUAGCAAAAGGAAGAACAAAGAAACAGUGGGGUCACUCAGAGGAGAAGAUGGUGAAAUGCAAACAGGGGACACAGAAAGGGCUGAACUCCUCAAUGCCUUCUUUGCCUCAGUCUUCUCCAAUAAAGAAAACAAUGCCCGACCUGAAGAAUUUGGAGCAAAUGAUUCAGCAGAGGAAACACAGCCCAGAAUAACUAAGGAGAUAGUACAAGAAUACUUGGCUAGUUUAGAUGUAUUCAAGUCUGUGUACAAAUCACUGGCUUAAAGCACUACAAGGUUAUUCUUUUUUUCCAAUUUGGACCAAAGCUAGGUUGGGGAAAAUGAAUCAAAACAUAGUAUUUCAUUUAAAACAUGAAAGGAUAGAUACAGAAAAAUGUGGAUUGUGUUUAUGUCAUGUGUACACUGCUUUCCAAAGCAGCAGUUGGAGCACACUGGAUUCAGAGUAAAUGGGAGCAUGAGCACAGCCUAGGAAUGAGAAAUUCAACCCUGUAAAGUGGGGAGAUAAAUAUCUGGUUUAUGGCUCCUUUUUCUGAGGGAGAGACAGCCUGGGAGAGAUCCCCAGAGAGAGUCACAUGAAGAUCUGUACUCCCUGAUCCCCAAACCUGGGCAUGAAGUCAAAGAGAUAAUGUAGUAUAUCUUUUUCUGUCUUGGUUCAAAGAGUGAACUGGAACAGGUUUCUCUCUCACACACAAAUACACCUCAAGAACAUUCUACAGUGUGCCUUUUAAGCAGACUUAAAGGUUUUGGUGACAUACAAUCUGAAGGUAAUGCUACAGUCUAGCCUGUGGCUUACCAACAUUGGCAGCAGCAGCUGCUGGUUGCAGAAAGUCUGUUCCAUUCGACUCAAACUGCACAGCGUGCAACAGAGAAGGUAGCUCUGUAUGUGUGAGAGCGUGGAAUAUAUAUGCCACAAUCUAAUUGUUCAUAAACUGUAUUCCAAACCUUUCAUUGUGUGCACACACACACAAACACAAUUUAUUUCCCAAGGCAAUUCUAGGAUUACAUGUCUCAACAAAUAGAUAUACAUAUAACGAAAGGCAUCAACCAUUUAGCUUCAGGCCUAAGCAGAUGCACAGAAACAUCCUUUCUCAUGCCUGGCCCACUGUAUCCCAAUCACUAAAGUCUCUCAGACUUGCAACACUGGAGCAAAGCUGAGAGAUGACAGUUUUUAAGAGAAUAAGAAUCUUGAGACAUCUCAAAAACCAGCCGAUUGAAAACUUUUGUGGACUGAGUCCACUUCAUCCGAUGUUUAUAUUACAAUUAAUCUUGUUAACAUGCUACAAGAUUAUUGUGCUGUGUUUCCUCAAGAGAAUAUGACUACCCCUCUGCAGAUUUUCUUAUGAGGCAAGCCUAAUCCUUACUUGAAAAUAAGCGUCACUCUGUUGGAUGGGGCUUCCUCCAAUGGAAAGACAGUAAGAUUGCAGCCUAAGUGCGAUUCUGACUGGAGUAGCCUUGGAAAAACAAAUGACACAUGACUCCUUUGUGUUUAAACUAUUUAAUGUCUCUUGACAAUAAUUCUAUGAAAAUAGAAAAAAUACGAGAAGAAAUUCAGAACCUUCCCCCCCCCCCCAAUUUUUUUUAAUCUUGAAUGUAUGCAGUGGGUCUUUCAGCUUCUUUGCAUUUAGUCUUACUAACCCUGCUCCCCGUUUGAAAUUAUGGCCUUGGACCAUUUUAAUACUUCUUCUGCAUUGACCUCAAACUCACCAGGCACUGAAGUAUUCGAGUGAAGCAAAUAUCGUACUUUUAAAUGAAUUAGUUCUUUUUCUAGAGAGGUUUUUAAAAAAACCACACCAAAAAACCCAAAGCCUGCUGAACACAGUGCUUUUUAGAUAAUUUAAAAAAGAGUUUCUAGCAGGUUUUUAUGAACAGAGGAGAGAGAUGGAGGGAGAGUUUCUCCACCCCACAAUUUUUCUUUUCUGCUGAGUCAGUGAAUCUCGGUAAGUCAAUAGGCAUGCUUCCCAAAACUUGCAAAUGAUACUCACAUUUUCCAGCAAUAUACACAGAAGCAGAAAAUUAUUGGGAAUCCUCCAGCCGGAGAAACCCAGGAAAAUGAGAACACCUCUCAAAUGUUCCCUUCAUUACAAUCUUAUAGAAAGCACUAGGCCAUCCUUAUAAAUAUAUGGAACCGAUUAUUAAUUUUUUGCAUAUAACCCACAAAAAGAUCCAAAAGCUUCCAGUUGCCUUUGAACUUGAUGCAGAUAUAAAUCAUCCUAAAGGAAUACGAUCUGAGAGAAAGAGACAGAGAGAGAUUGCCGGUCAGGGACUGGCUGGAUGCAGAGGGAGGGGCCACCCAAGGGAGCCCCCGGGGGAAGAAGGCUCACAGCAUAGAUGGGGGGUGGGACAAGAAGGAGCAGUCAAAAGCAGAAAGGGGAGCAGGCUGGGAGGAGGAGGGCGGGAAGCGGAAGAGGCAACAGGGUGUAGUGAGCAGGAAGAGGCUGGGGCAGAGAGCCAUCCAAAACCAGCGCUCUCUGAGAACAUGCAGAGCCAUGAGAGGCAAGGCGGUGGAGCCUCAGGCUGCGAGGGAAGGAACUAGGGGAGGAACCUCCCAAGGGAGGGUAGAUCUCGAACCCAUGGCGUCAGGUUACAAGAAGGGAGACUGAGACUAAACAUCAGGAGGAACAUUCUGUUCGACAGUGGAAUGGACUUCCUUUUUUUUUUAUAAGAUAUUUAUUGAAAUUUUCAGAGUGUUACAAAAUAAAAUAAAAGCAGAAGAAAAUACAAAAUAAAAAUAGUUAACAAAGUAGAAAAAGAAAAAAACAAACCCCUUCCAACCAUACGAAUACAAAUUCAAAAAUAAGAAAAAGAGAUAGAAAAAAAAUACCAAAAAUACACCACAAACAAUUAAGAACAUUUAAAAACAAAUUCAUUAUUCUCAAAUCCUCAACUGUCAUUACCCUCUUUCUUUGACCUCCUCCUCCUCCCUUUCUUUGUAUCCUAGUUAUUAAUUACCCCAGCAAAUCCUUUCCAUAUUUCAUAAUAUUCUGUCAUUACAUUACCCUAAACUGUUUUAAUCUUAUCUUUCUAUAAGAAAAUAAACCUUAAAGCUUAAAACUUAAAUCUUAUCUGUCAGGGAACUGCCAUCGGACGGAAGGGAGGUGAAAGGGCUCACACAGGUUGGGAGAGACGCAGCAGCUGAAGAGGAAACCAACAGGGAGGUGAAAGGGCUCACACAGGUUGGGAGAGACGCAGCAGCUGAUGAGGGAACCAGCAGGGGGAGAGGAGCUGAGCUGGAGGGAUGGCUCAGAGACACUUCCAGCGAAAACAGUGGAGAGGUUUCAGGACCUCCUGUAAGAACACCCACUCCUCGCCGGAAACUGUCACGCAGAGAUUCCAGAAGACGUGUUUCCGUUAAGGAGCUUUUAUGUUGGAAGCGAUUACGAAAGCAACCACUGUCGGAAUCUGCUAGUGACUAGAGUAGCCAUGUCUGAGGGGCUCUGUCACAGACAGAGGUUUGUGGACUUGAACAAACUCUGAGGGGAUACGAUUUACGCACAAGCAGCUCAUCAUCCCAUCACAGCAUUCCGACAGUCUUUGAAAGCAGCUUGUGCAGGAGAAGGUAUCAUGAGCAACCCAGCCGGAACCGGAGAAGCAGGAGCUGGAGCGGGUCCAAGCCUGGAAGAAAGGUACCAGAUGUUGGAGGUCCAGCUAGCGAUGCAGACGGCGAGGCUUGAGGAGAGGAGGGCUCAGGAUGCAGACACAAGGGGGAAAGCCACCCAGUUCGCCAGAAAGGUACCAGGAUUGGUGCAGAAGGUUGGUGGGGAGCCCAAAAACUCUCAUGGUUUUCGGACAGAAAGGCACUAUGCCCUCAAUCUGCAGUCUGAUGACAUCCCUGACGAGGAAUCACGAGUGGCGUUCGUGAUUGAGCAUCUAGAAAAGGGGGCGAGAGACUGGGUUAGACCCUGAUGGCAGCGAAUAGUGACGUCUUAAAAGACACGAUGAAGUUCUUUCGCGCCAUGGAUCUGAUGUUUUCCAGCGAUAUUGAAAAGGGAGUGGUGCGCAGACAGUUAAUGGGUUGCAAACAGGGGAGCCGAUCUGUCCGUGAGUACUGGACUGAGUUCACCAUGCUUGUUCACAGAUUGGGGUGGGACUUAUCGGCGGAACCCAUUCAAAUGCUCUUUGAAGAAGGGCUUUCUUCGGCUGUGAAAGACGAACUUUCCCGGGCGCCCAGGGCGGAGUCUAUGGACCAGCUGACCAAAUCAGCGCUGGCCAUAGGAGCGCGCCAGGAGGCGAGAGCAUUGGAGAGGCGGGAAGGGAAAGGGGAACGUUGGAAGGAGUUCCGCAUUCCAGACAUUCCAGAGCCAACUUUCCCACCGGCAGAGCCGAUGGAAAUCGGAACAGCAGCGCGCGCGCAGUUUCAAAGCCCAGUGAGGGGGCAAAGAAGGAGGGAAAAGGCGCCCGGAAAUGCUAUCUCUGCCAACAGCCAGGUCACUUUGCCAGAGUCUGCCCCCAGAGGAAAGAAUGGCAAGGGAUGGUAGGGGCUGUGGAUGGAAGAGAGGAAAAUAUACCGGAGCAAGUAAAAGCCAACGCCUGGCUGCCACUGUCGGGCACAGCAGCCAGGCCAAAGAGCAGUGAGAGUGCCCACGCCAGAACCUCCUAAACCCGCCCUAGUGAUAGAAGUGACGCUAGAGCUGCCAAACGGACACCCUCUAAAGAUAAAGGCGCUGUUGGACUCAGGCAGCUCCUGCAAUUUCAUGAGCAAAGAGUUUGCAGCUGAACACCAGAUACAGACAAUCCUUUAAGCAGCCCCCUGCAGGUGACCACGAUCGAUGGCAGGGAGCUGUUGGGUGGAGAAGUCAGCUUGCAGACCGUCCCAAUGAUAAUGAAGGUAGCAAGGCACACCGAACUGAUAGCUUUUAAUGUGGCCACCUUGGGAGGAGCUCCCAUUAUAUUGGGGAUGAGCUGGCUAGCGUUACAUGAUCCGCUGGUGGGCUGGCAUCAGAGAGUGGUUUCUUUUGGUUCAGCACAUUGCUUAGAACACUGCAAAGAGGGAAAGGGUUUGGCAGGGGUCCAAGCCACCCUAGCAGGGACUGAAGUAACAGAGAACGUGAAGGUACCACGACAAUAUGCAGAUCUCCGUGACGUCUUCAGCGAAAGGGAAGCUGACCAACUACCCCCGCAUAGACCCUUUGACUGUCAAAUCAACUUACUCCCUGGAGCACAGCUCCCUGUAGGCAAGCUGUACGCCAUGUCAGACAGAGAGAUGCAGGAGUUAAGAGAGUUCAUUGACAAGAACCUGAAGAGAGGGUUCAUCAGAGAGUCCAGGGCGGUGGGGGCAGCCCAGUGUUUUCGUGGAUAAGAAAAACACGAACAAGCCGAGGCUGGUGUGUGACUUCAGGGCCUUAAAUGCAGUGUCAGAACCAGUAGCCUUCCCUAUGCCCAGGAUUGACGACAUUUUGACAAGGGUGCGGAAGGGAAAGAUUUUUACAAAGCUGGACCUAAGGGGGGCGUACAACCUGGUACGAAUAAGGAAGGGGGAUGAAUGGAAAACCACUAUGUUCACCCCUUUAGGGGCAUUUGAAUAUUUGGUUAUGCCCUUCGGCCUCCAAGCAGGCUCCGCAACCUUUCAAUCGUUUAUGAACCACGUCCUGGGGCCUUUGCUUUACAAGAAUUGUGUGGCCUUUUUGACGACGUGUUGGUGUAUUCUGAGAAUGAGGAGCAGCAUGUGAGAGACGUCAGAGAAGUGUUGAGCAGGCUGCAAGCCAACCAGCUGUGGGUGAAACUGGAGAAGUGUCAGUUUCAUACCAAGGAGGUGGAAUUCCUGGGGUAUCGCCUGUCAGACAAGGGAUUGGCCAUGGAUCCCGGCAAGGUCCAGGCUGUGCUGGAAUGGAAAGCACCCAAAACAAAGAAGGAUGUGCAGAGGUUCCUAGGAUUUGGGAACUUCUAUCGUAAGUUCAUCCGAAACUUUGCCCACCUGACGGCGCCCACUACGGACUGUCUCAGCAGUAAGAAGAAGUUCGUGUGGACUGAGGAGGCGGAGCGAGCAUUUGAGGAACUAAAAAGGGCCUUCGCCUCGGAACAACAACUCCUGCAUGUGGAUUUACAAAAACCGAUGAGAGUGGAAACUGACGCAUCAGACAGAGCGAUUGGGGCGGUGCUUCUGCUGCCAGGCCCAGAGAACAUUAGGGCGGACGCUCUCUCACGCAAACCUGAAUAUUUGGAGGGGGAGGGGGCACCCGAAGAGAGACAUGUCAUUCCAGAAGACCGCUGGGUGUGUGGGGCGGCAUUGGUGGGACAAAGAGAACUGGUAGAGGAAACAGAGAAUGAUGAAUACGCCCAGAAUAAGCUCAGAGGUCUUAGGGGUGAUGGAGAGGAACCAGGGGGUUUCGAGGAAAGAAAUGGAGCUUUGUAUUACAAAGGGGCACUGUAUAUCCCUGAAGGAGAGUUAAGGGGGAGGGUACUCAAGCAGUUGCACGACAGCCCUACGGUGGGGCAUUUUGGACAACACAAAACCAUGUGGUUGGUCACCAGGGAAUUUUGGUGGCCUAAGGUGAGGGAAGAUGUACGUGAGUAUGUAAGAGGGUGCGAGCAAUGCCAGCGAGCCAAAGGGGAAAGGCGGGCGCCGGCGGGGCUAUUAGAACCCUUACCAACCCCAGAACGACCUUGGGAGGCAGUGUCGAUAGAUUUUAUGACUGAUCUGCCGAAGUCCAAAGGGAAAACAGCCAUCAUGGUAGUGGUAGACCUACUAACAAAGAUGUGCCACUUUGUAGCUUGCUCGCAUGCAGUCACGGCGGAAGAGACAGCGAAGUUAUUUGUAGAAAACAUUUUUAGGUUGCACGGGGUGCCAUUGAGGGUGGUCUCAGACCGAGGAAAACAAUUUACUUCCAGGUUCUGGAGGAAGCUCAUGAGCUUACUGCAGGUGGAGGUCAAUUUUUCGACUGCCCGGCACCCUGAAACCAACGGGCAGGCGGAAAGAGCAAACGGUGUCCUCCAGCAAUACCUGAGGUGUUAUGUCAAUGACAGAGAGAAUGACUGGGUAGAAAAGUUGGCGCUGGCGGAAUUUGCCUACAACAAUGCCGAGAAUGUGUCCACAGGGAUGAGCCCCUUCUUGGCUAAUUAUGGGUGUCAUCCCAGGGCUUUCCCAGGGGAGAGGGGGAGAGAUGGAGCGUCCCGGCAGCCGAGCAUUUUGUGGAAGAAAUGGAAGCAAUCCAUCGUCAGCUCCAACUCAACUUAGAAAGGGCGAAGGAAGAAUACAAGAGGCAGGCAGACAAGAACCGAAGGGAAGGUGAAACCAUAAGGGUGGGAGAUAGGGUGUGGCUGUCAACCCAAGGGCUGCCGUUCAAAGGAGGUUGUAAGAAAUUAAGACCCAGGAGGUUGGGUCCCUUUGAGGUCAUUCAACAGGUCAACCCAGUGGCUUUCAGGCUCCGGUUACCCAACCACAUGAAACUGCACCCAGUAUUUCACAGGUCGUUACUGUCACCGUACGAAGGGGGACGAGAAGGGCUGGCCACUCGGGGACCGGUCGUAGAAGAAAGAGAAUGCAGCAGCCAUGUGGCAGAAAUCCUCGACGCCAGGUGGAAGGGGGAUCAGGUGGAGUAUUUGGUAGCGUGGGAAGGAGAACCGGAGUCAGAAAACACUUGGGUAAUGGCUGAAGAUAUCAAUGACGAGGUAUUGAUAGAAACGUUCCAUCAAAGGUUCCCAAGGAAACCUCAGCCUGUAGAGAGGUUCCGGAGGGAAUACUUUGGGACCACUGAUGAAGGGGAGGAGUUGGAGGGAUUCCCAGACUCGGAAGGGGAAGGGGAGAUGGACUCUGAGGAGGAGGUGUACUUCGAGACCAGGAACCGCAACAGGUUGAGAGAAGUGUUCGAGACAUCGGAAGAUGAAGGAAGUUCAUUCCGGGUUUUGCCUCCUCACCGCCCGUAGAGGAGGGGCGAGAGGGGGUGAAGGGGGCCCUGGAUGGGAGGUGGAUGUCAGGGAACUGCCAUCGGACGGAAGGGAGGUGAAAGGGCUCACACAGGUUGGGAGAGACGCAGCAGCUGAAGAGGAAACCAACAGGGAGGUGAAAGGGCUCACACAGGUUGGGAGAGACGCAGCAGCUGAUGAGGGAACCAGCAGGGGAGAGGAGCUGAGCUGGAGGGAUGGCUCAGAGACACUUCCAGCGAAAACAGUGGAGAGGUUUCAGGACCUCCUGUAAGAACACCCACUCCUCGCCGGAAACUGUCACGCAGAGAUUCCAGAAGACGUGUUUCCGUUAAGGAGCUUUUAUGUUGGAAGCGAUUACGAAAGCAACCACUGUCGGAAUCUGCUAGUGACUAGAGUAGCCAUGUCUGAGGGGCUCUGUCACAGACAGAGGUUUGUGGACUUGAACAAACUCUGAGGGGAUACGAUUUUACGCACAAGCAGCUCAUCAUCCCAUCACAUUAUCCUUACCAACUUCUCAUAACCAUAAUAUUCUUUCAUAAUUCUUUAAACAUCUUUACUAAAGCCGAGUAAUUUCAUUCCAACAUUUUUCAGACAUUCAUCAAUUUUAUAAAACAGUUCUAAUGGUAAAAAAAAGAAGACAAGACAAGACAAAUCCGUUUAUUGUGAGGACCAUGCCUGUACACAAACAUUAACACAACAAUAGUUAAAAGAUAUUAAAAUUCAUUACAUACUACGCCAACAAAACCUUCAUCCCACAAAAUAGAAAGAGAGGGAAAACGAGCAACGAGUUAAACAGACGAUGAAGGGGUCUUUACAUUGUCAUCCAUAAGUCUUUCCCUGGCUUUCAUGGCCUUUAUCACAAAAACCGCUACCACAUGGGUAAUACGUGGGUUUGCAUCAACUAACAAAAAUUUUACUCUAUCUUCAGGAUUGGUUAUAGAGUUGGGUAUAAUUUGCAGCAAUGCGUCUCUAAAGCUCGAGUAGAUGGGGCAAUAGAGGAGGUAAUGUGUAAGAUCCUCUUUAAUUUUCAUAAGGCAAGGGCAUAAACGAUGUUCUACUGGGGUUUUUGUGAAUCUACCGGUCAGAUAUGCAGUUGGCAGUGUUUGAAACCGUGCCAUAGUGAAAGCUCUCCGAAGGGUGGGGUCAGUGAUCUCCACCAAGUAGUUGGCACAGAUUUUGACUGCUUUUACUCGGGAAAUCAGUAGGAAAACCCAGAGUUUUUUAUCUUUGUGGAGUCCAAAAGGCGUCUUUUUCAAAGAUCCAUUCCCGAACUUUAUCAGGGCUCCACAAUUUAAGGGUAUUAAACUCAGGUAGAUUGUAUCUGGAUAGGAUAUCUAGUAGGUUUUUAUGCCAAGUAGUAUUAUUUUGUAAUAAUACAAAGGCUUGUUUAGCCAAUAAGGUGUUCGGGGCAUCUGUGAGGUUGGUGAAAAAAACGCAGGAAUCUUAAGUGGGCCCUGGCAGACACAGAAGGUAAUCCUACUUCCACUCUUAGGAGAGCUGCCGGAGUACUCUGAGGGAGGCCUAGAAUUCUUCUGAGGUAGAAAUUUUGGAAGAUUUCAAGCCGUUCUAACAGCUUCUGAUUCCAUCCCCAGAGUUCUACUCCAUAUAGCAUCUGGGGAAUCACUUUUCCAACAAAAGCUUUUAAUGCCGGGAUCACCAGUUGCCCUCCCCUCGAAUAAAAAAGCUGAGCAGGGCACCGAUUGUCCUACGUGUUAGAAGGGCAACAGUCUUGAAGUGGGCAAGCCAGCUAGAUGUAGCUUGGAAAGUGAUACCAAGAUAUUUAAAAAAAGGACACUGUUCAAUUUUGUGUUCAUCUAAAGACCAUCUAAAUGUGUGGCGAGCUCUAGUAAAUACCACAAUUUUUGUUUUGUCAUAAUUUAUCUUUAGAGAGUUUUGGGAACAAUAAGCUGCGAGCCCCUCCAGCAUGCUAUGUAGGCCCCUUCGAGUAAGUGCCAUGACAGCCAUGUCAUCAGCAUAUAGUAAUAUAUUCAGGUGUUUGCCUUCCAGGGCAGGAGCUGAUGACUUAUACUUUGCCAUAUGUUGAACAAUGUCAUUUAUAUAGAAAUUAAAGAGGAACGGCGCUAACAAACAGCCCUGUUUAACCCCUUUCCCCAGUGGCAGUGGAUCAGUAUAGUUGCCUGACAUCCCAGUUCUGAUUUUAACUGUGGUGUCUGAAUGUAACUCUCUAAGUAUUUUGAGAAGUCGUCUAUCAAUAUCUGUUUCAUAUAAUUUUUGCCAUAAUUUGUCCCUACAGAUUGAAUCAAAAGCGGAUGUGAGAUCUACGAAAGCCACAAAAAGUUUGCUCUUAUGUACCUUUGUAUACUUAUCUAUCAUUGUCUGUAGUACCAAACAAUGGCCUGUUGUACUAUGGCCCUUUCUAAACCCUGCCUGUUCCGGAUUAAGCAGGUUAGAGUGGUCAGCCCAGUCAACCAGUUUAUUUAGCAGGUAGCGAGUGUAAAGUUUAUACACAAUGUCCAGGAGACUUAUGGGGCGAUAGUUUGAGGGGUCUUGGGGUCUCCCUUCUUAUAUAUGGGGGCUACCAGGCUCAGUUUCCAGUUUUCUGGGAUUUUGCAUAUAUCAUUUAUUACCGUAAAAGUUGGGCCAAAAUAGCAGCCCACCACUGGGCAUUUAGUUUAAAUACCUCAGGAGGAAUCAUAUCCUCACCGGGAGCUUUGCCAUUCUUGAGUGUUUUAAUUAGCUGUAAACAUUCUGAUUCGGUAACAGGAUCCCAGCCCAUUAAUAGAUCGUUUUUAAGAGGAGGAAACUGGCUCGGUUUAGCAAUGUUUGGAGCUGUAUAUAGCCGGGAAAAGUGUUGGUACCAUAAGUUAGAUGAGAUACUGUUGGUUACAAUUUUCCCUUUGGGUGAAACUCCCUGGGCAAUUAUUUCCCAGAACUUUUUGUCAUCCCGCAAUUUGAUCGCUUUGUCAAGUGCCUCCCAUUGUUCCUUUCUGUAGAGGGAUUUCUUAAAUUUUAGAGUAUUUUUAUAAUGAGAACGCCACCUGUGCAGGUUUUCCAAUGAGGACAAGGUCCCUUCCUGUUUUACCUUAUUUUGUAGUUUCCUGAGCAAAGAUCUUAGAUUCCUACAGUCUUUGUCGAACCAGGCCCUCGAGUUGUUUUGUUUUUUGGGAGGGUUGGAAUUCGUGAGUAGUGGGAAGAGCGACUCUGAGACCUGCUGAAAUGUUGAAAAGGGGUCAGAAAUGGAUGAGAUGCACUGGUCUCUCAAGGCCAGUAAGUCUGAUGAAUGCAGGUGUAAUUUGAUUUUAGAUUCCAGGUCGCUGUUCCAUUUACGCCUACGAAGGGCCAGAGUUGGAGGUGGGUCUGCACAGUGAUUGCGGUAUUGCGGAUCCUCCACACCACGGGGAAUUAGUGAAAUUGAUAUAGGAAGAUGAUCACUCUCAAUUCUAUUGAAAGUCCUGAAGCCCUGUGACCUCUCCAAGAGUUUUGGGGAGACCAGGAUAUAAUCAAUAACGCUCGCACCUCUGGGUCCAAGAAAAGAAAAGAAACCCCCUGACCUGUCCAUAUGGGUACCAUGCAAAUUAUACAAAUUAUGUUUGAAGGCAGUCUCCAUUAAUGUAAUGCCUGCCUUAUUCAAGACCUUAUCGUCUGAGGACCAGGGAAUAAACCAAUCUGCCUCUGGCAGGAACUGAGAUUUAGAGCAGUACGUAUUAAUGUCAUUUCCUAUCCUGGCGUUGAAAUCACCUGCCAGCAGGAUAUCCAUGCCAGGGAAUUCUAGUUCAGCCUUCUCCAAACAUAGCUCUAAAUCUUCCCAGAAUUGUGACGACUGGGGAGGGGUGCCUAUGGGAGGGAUAUAUAUAUUAAAGCAAAGGAAAUCUCCUCCUUCACUGCUAGAAAUAAGUGAGAUUUGUAAAUUGUUACUCUUCACCCACUGCUGUUGCCGGGCCUUGCAUUUUAGCUUGGUAGAAACAAAAGUGACUAAACCACCACUAGGUCGGCCUCGGGAUUUUGGUUUUAUCGCAGGGGUAACAAAGGCUUCGUAUCCCUGUAAAGAGGGGACAUGGAGAUCUAGACACCAUGUCUCCUGUAGACAUAAAAUCUGAAAUUUUGUAAGGAAAUCCAGAAGGUCGACGUCACCCUGCUUAGAUAGCCAUCCCGCCACAUUCCAGGAUAGAAUGUGGAAAUAGGGUGAUGGUGGAAAUAGUGGCAGUCAAUCUCUUUUCCGAUGGUUUGAGGCUCCUGAGCUGGGCUCCUCCUCUAUCUGCCCUGCUUGGUGGUUCCGGGUUUGAGAUCGCUGGUCCCUAGAUAGGUAUGAUAACUUUAACUGAGGGGCCAAUAGGUUGAUUUGGCCCAGAGGAUCUUCGAUGACACCGUUACAAAUAUCAUGUUGUUCAGCUGAUGUAUCAUGAUGUUCAGCUGGUUUUCGCAGAGCAAGGAUUUUGCCGACCCGUAUAGGCUGUAUAGGUAGCAGGUCGACAACUGCAUCUUGCGUCGGUACUGCUAGCGGGUCAAAAUUUGACAAAAGCUGUGGAUCUUGAUUGCGUAUUGGGCUUAGAAUAAUGGAAGCCUCCAAUUCCGGCAUCGAGGCAUAUGAGGACGAGAGCAUUUCAGACUGGUCUUGCUUGGGUAGUCCAAUGCCAGGCUCGUUGCACGUAGAGACCAGGGUACCAAGCGGGGGAUGUAGGAAAUCAAUUAAGUCAUUUGCGGGCAGGCUUGCCACUCCCUGUGGGGUAAUAGAUCCCGGCUCCAUUCCCCCGUCUAUUUGUUCUUUAUGGCGCACAGGCCCAGCAUCAACACCGACAGCACCUAUCCUGGUGCAUAGCGGUGUACGGGUCAGAUUGGUGAAUACCCUUGUAAAAUAGAUGUACCAUUUUCUUGUGCGGUUUCUUAAUUUUAGAAUCUUUGCAACGAAAUGGGCAGAUCUAAAGUUAAUAACCAUACGUCUCAUAUAAGGUCCAGAAGGCAGCCAUGAGAUGUCCACGAUAUCUAAGGGCGAAAUGUCUGCCCCAGCAGUUGGGUCAGGGAAUUUGUGACCGAAUGUUUAUCCGCCCAUUUGUUAUAAUUCAAGGGGUGGUUUCCCACCAGUACUGCAAGUUUGCUGUUCUGGAGUUGCAGACUUGAGUUUUGUACUUGGUUGGGCAGGCAUCUCACUUGUUUUUGUGCAAGGUUGGCCUGCGCACUUGGGCAGGGGUGAGCGGAGUUUGCAAUGUUGUUAAGCUGAAGGAGUGAGGGGGGGCAACUGAACAAGCCAAAGGCUUUUUCAAGCUUCUUUUCGAUCCCAUCCAGCCUUUUAUAUAAGUUGGUGAUAGUAUGUGUUAUCAACUCAGUCUGGCAGAUUAGCAGUUCCAGUGCCUCUCGGUCCUUGUUUAACUGGGCUGGUGACUGGGAUAAUUCAGGUGAAGUUUUUGCAGGGACUCAAGAGUCUGUUCCAUCUGUUCCUUCAUACACAGGCUCGAGGCUAGUUGUGGGCCAUCCACAAUGCCGGCAGGCUCCUCAUGAGUAGUACUGGGAGCAAGGACCUCAUGGCUGUUUGCUGUGGGGAAGUUUCUACAGAUCUCAUUUAGGUCAUUGUCAGGCAAAAAUCCCUGAUAUUUGUCUGUUUUUUGGCAGUGCUCGUAGCUUCAUUGGAAUGCUGCCUGCGGCGUUUCUUCCCUCUCAUGUCGGCAAGAAAAUAGGGAGAAAAUUUCUCAAAAUAGUAGGGUCAGGGCAGGUUGUGCUGUUAAUGAGCCCUACUCCCUUUAACAGUCUUUAUCUGCCGUGUUUUCUUGCAGAUUUAUGGGAGAAGUAGAAAUAAUCUAAACCAUAAAACUUCUAAAAUAAACGCCUUAAGGCAUCUUAGAGCCCUUAGAACCCGUCAAAGCAGAUAAUAAAAAUAUAGCUUUACCGAGCAUAAGACAAGGCUGCCGCUCACGUCGCCAUCUUGGAUCCCCCGCCCAAUCCAAAAAAAACCUAAAAAAAAAAGAAAUACAAACAGAUCCAAUCUUCAUCCAACGUCCCUUCCUCCUGGUUCCGGGUUUUGUCAGUCCUUAUUAUCCCAUCGAUCUAGCCCAUUAACCUGGCAACCUUAUAUCCGAGGCCCUCAAGUCUCUUCCAUGUCCCUUCCACAGCUCUUCUUAAUAUUUGUAACUGUAUUUUCCCUUGUCUCCUGCUCGUGGUAACUCCAGCUUGGCAAUAUUUUUAACCCUUCUCGACAGAUCAGCCCCUUUUCCAUAUUCAGCACUAAAUUCCAUAUGGUAUUUAAAAGCAUGUUUCAAAGACCCUCCAAAAUUAAGAGCCCCCACAAUCCCAAACAUCUCACGGCCCAUUGCCAGAUUUCAAAACUCCAAACAUCCCAGCAUAGGGGGGUCAAUCCAGCCCCCCAUUUCCAAGCCAAACCAAACUUUUUCUUUCCAAAUCUGGCUUUUUCCAAGUUCAUUUGUCAAAUCCGAAAACUCAUAUUCCUGUUGGGCCUGUUCUGUCAGGACACACUCCUGAUUUAAUUCCUGGGUGGGCUCCACAUAUUUUCCCACUGUCUGUUCCAAAUGUUCCACUGCCUGUUCAAAAUUUCUAGUCGAAGUCGCCAUCAAAUUCACCUUCUCAUGUAACUGUUCCAGUAGGGCAUUUGUUUUAUAGAAAACACACAACAAAGCUUCUGAAUACAUUGUCCUGCAAGGUCAAAUGCCUAUUCCCACGAUUGUAAUCUGUAACAGCUGCCGGCUCCCUGGAGUUGGUUACAGUUUCACAGUCUCCCUCUAGGGGGUAGACUUCUAUUUGUUCUUGCAACAAAGUUUCCCUUUUUGAGAUGGGAAACAGUGGAAUCACUAUGUUUCUCUUCUUUUAGCUAUCUGUCAAAAACGUUUGUCUCUGGUCAAUGAACUUCAAACGUCAGUCCUGACACUCCGCUCCAGGAUCAGGACGGAGGAAAGUUGCUUUACUUUAAACUCACUUUAAACAGUCCGAAAAAGAUCCCCCUUCUUCUCCUGCUGUCGAAGGGGGGUUCCACAAUUUUAAAUGAUGAAAUCCAAUCCUUAAAGGCGAUUUUCUGAGCUCUAGUUUAUGUUGUCUUUGCUUUAUUCUGUCUACAAAAGAACGGAAGGCUGACUUCCUGUUUAGACCUUCCCGUUCCGUACCAAAUUGAAAUAGAUUUUUAAGAUCCAAUUCCUUUCUGCUCGCAAGUCCCCAUUUAAUGUCCAGUUGUUCAAAGUCUAAGUACUCACGGGUGCUUAUUUUAGAGUCCAGAUUGUCCCAGGAAAAAGGCAGCGCUCUCCGGCAACGGCUAUGCGGCUUCGCUCCACGGAAAUAGCAGUUGACUCACAGCACCGCGCCACUUCCCCCUCUUCACUUCGGAGCCCGUUAGUGGGUUCCUUAGUGAGUUGGGGGGGCGCUAAAGGUGCCCGCCGAGUCCCAUGGUCACAGGCUUCAUCCGCCUGUGGUUUUUAAAAGGGUCCCCGCUUCGCCGUAGCGGAGAAGACCCGUUUCCCGCGGAGCUAGUCCCUCCAGUUCAGAGGGAGUCCGCCAUUGCCGAUGGCGCCACCCCGGAAGUUGGAAUGGACUUCCUCAGGAGUUCCUUCCCCAGCAGCCUAAGUCUGAAAUUUAGGAGCCUGCUUGAAAUCUGCUGACACAAGCUUUCUCUGAGGGGCAAUCCAGAUAUGUUGAUGUAUUAAACUGAUCUGCUGAUCUGUGACUUAUUUAUUUAUUGAUGCAAUUUAUUGUUGAUUUUAUGCUAUUCACAAUCAUGCCAUUUUAAUGUACGUUGGUAGUAUAGAAGUUUUUGCAAAUAAAUGUUUAUGGCAAUUCUUUAAAAAAAUAGCUUUAUAGGGAGAGAACAUAUGUUUUAUGCAGCGGGUUUAGAGGGGGCAAAUUAACCUUGUCUGAGUCAGACUUUCCUUGAAAUGGGCAUGCAUUGUUAGAAAAUAUUUGACAGAUACUCUUGCGCGCGCGCGCGCACACACACACACACACACACACAGGUGAAACACCAUGUCCUUGGUUCUUGCCUUCAAAGGCAGCGGCUGGAAGUAGUGGACGAAAUGCUUUAUUUAUGCAGAGCACUCAGAACAGAUUAGUAACAGGGACUCAAAUUGAAGCCGUCAACUGUGGAUGGCAGUUCUGGCCAGUCUUUUCAUACAAGAGGAUUGUUAGCUGAUGGUUCUUUUUCAAGGCAAACAAAUAUCUUGCCCUCCCCAACCCAUUCAGCUUGUAAGAAAAUAUUACAAAACAAUGAAUGAAAAAAUAGGCAGGAUAACAUGCAAUUAUUCAUCAUCACAGCAAGAGAUUUGGGUUGGCACCAUCUCUUAGCCAAAGGGUGCCUAUCUGAAUUGCUGAGAAAUUGGUAGGAAGGCAGGCAGUAAGUGGGGGGCGGGGAGAUUAAACUGUAGCAUGAAGUAUAAAACUGACUAAAGCACCACCAGCAGUAAUUUUUCACACCUACACAACAGUUGAUUAAAUGUCACAUGGCCAAUACAGCUUAAUAUACUAAGUGUGACUUUCUGUUUUUCACACACACACUUUUCCAGAAGAAUUCUCUCCCAGAUUAAUCUGGUUAUAAUGAGAACAAUUAAUAAUGAUGAGUUCAUAGAACGGUACAUCUCAAACUAUUAAAGGGAAUCACCAGGGGAAUUUUGCAGUCUGGCACUUGCCUUGAAAUGAAACUCCCCAAACUAGGGGUGCGGACUUGCCCCCCCAAUUGAGGGGGCUGGCGCCACGUGACCUGUUCCACCUCCACCUGGCGCACCUGCCCUCGCCCGUCGAUGGCGGGGAGUGUGGAGGAUGAAAGUCACCCUCCAUGCCCCUGGCCAGCGCUUGCCUGUCAACAGUAGCGGACGCAGAGGGAGAGGAGGGGGGAGUGAUUGUCACCCACCACAAACGGGCGAGUGCAGGCCUGUCAGAUGGGGGCAGGAGGGUGAUCAGGGGUGCCAACUUGAAUAAAAUAUUUAAGGGGCCAGGCGAGUCCCAGCCUGCAUAAUCAAUCACACGAUAUAGUGCACACACACCAUUUGAAUGGCAAUGUUCAUCAACUUGGGAGGCUGGCCCAAUAUUUUAUUGGGGGGGGGGGCCAAAGUCCACUCAGCCCCUAGGAGUUGGCUCCUAUGGCUGUUGCCCACCCUGGCAGCUUUUGCUGCGGGGGAGGGGCUGGGGGGUGGAACUGCCCCCUCUGAUUGAUGGCGUCAAAACACAGGGCGAUUUUCUUUCUAUAUGUUGCUGGGCAGGAGGGGGAGAAUUUAACUCAGAUAAACUUUUGUUGUGCUACCCAAAGACGAUGGCAUUAUCCAAAGAAGGAGAAGGGGGGAAAGCAGUUGCUACAUAUGCACUAAAACCAUGAUCAAAUCCACCAAAAUUUUCUUAUUACACAGAAUAAAAAAUAAUUCUCAAAUAAAAUGUGCAAAUUAGAUCUCAGAGUCCCCUUUGCAACUGACCACCAGAAUUUAACUCUGGGAUGCUGUUUACAGCAGCAGCCACAUGUUCCUUGUAACAUGCAUUUCCACCUUGAAUUGCACUACUAUUUAAUUGUGUGUGUGUGUGUGUGUGUGUGUGUGUGUACACAUACAUAUUUAACAGGAAACUCCCUGAGAGCAUGCCAGAGGAGUGCAAAAUAAAAACAGAGAAAGAAAUGAAUCAUAUGACAAUUAUAGAGAAAAGUAAUACAGAACAGAAUGAGUCACAGCAGUAGGUGGCUGCAGAGGUGGUUGCUUUGUGCUUGAGACACUGUUGGAGCAUUUGUUUAAUUUUUUGGCUAUUAAUACUCCCUAUUUCACUUGCAAGUUGCUCUCAAAACCUCUCCUUACGGUGUAGUUUGAAAUACUUUGUUGGCUCCUGGCCUGAUUUCCCUCCAGGGGUCCCUGCGCUUUCCAAGCCUCUAAACAUUGGGCUGUGGCCUCGUGGGUUCCCUUCUUUACCAUUCAUUUUCUUCCUCUUCUUCCUCUUUCUCCUUAGUGAAUGAACUGAGAGCCCCUGAGGCUGCCACGCUGAGGAGGCCAAGUGUGGCGCAGAGCUGAUCAGUAACUUUAGGCAGGCCUGGUGCCAGACUUUGGGGCCCCUCUGCACAAGGCUGCCAAUGCCCAUGUGGCUACACAUUUAUUCCCCCUGGCUGCUGCUGCUGCUGUCAUGGCAGACACAGCAAAAAUGUCUAUGACCUGCCUUAUGUUGUUGGCACCCUGUCGGUCUUGGGCGACAAUGGAAGAGUGCACCUUUUCAGCACCUGCUGUGGCUGUAGAGACCGAUGCGGGAGAGACAUGUUUUAUCUGCAGGUGGGGCAGCUGAAGGCAUCCGGUUGUGCUGAUGCAGGUAUACCAUGACAUUUCUUCUCUCUGUGCUCCUCCCAGCAGUUAUUCCUCCUCUGGUCACAGCUGACCUGACCUGCUACAUGGCCUACCUGCCUGUCUCCAGGCACUGCUGCUGCCUUCAAGGGACUCCCGUACAGCGGAUUCCCUUCACACCUCUAGAGCACAUCCUUGGGAAUCCUGCCAUCUUCCAUUCUGUGUUCAAGUCAGCAUAGAUGUUGCUGAGACAGGAGUGUGAACAUGCUGGGAACGUGGGUUGAUAGAGCACACCUUCGUCUGAGACCUGCCUGUAGAGUUAUAAAAUCUAUAGCUUUCAUAGAUCUAUGGGCUGGAGCAUGACAUUUUGGGUAAAUUAAAAUGUCGAGUGGCUACUGUGGGUUGGAGUGGAGCUUGGCUCCCAUUCAAAAAUGCCACUGCCACCUUUUCAUCACUAAAACAGAUGGGAAUCUACUGGGAGCUGGCUACAGAAGUAUAGCAAAUACAAUAAAAGAACCCCUUUUUGCCAGGAUAUGCCCAUUGGUCCCCCCUCAACUGAUUUCUGGAAUUGUUUCUUAAAAGCAGUCAUUCUGUGCAUGUCAUUUCAGCUCAUGUGCUCUUCAGUCCAAAAAGCCUUGUUUGACGAAGAAGAACACGUGAAGCAGCUCCAGCAAAAGGUGGCCAGCCUGGAGAAGCGCAACAAGCAGCUGCGAGACCGAGUCAAGAAAGUCAAGCGGUCGCUCAGGCAAUCCAGGAAGAACACCAGACACAUAGAGCUGAUCAACCGAAAGCUCAGUGAGAAGCUGUCCUCUGUAGGAGGCCAGAUCCCAUAUGCUAACUCCUUAAAGCAAGCAAACUCUCAUGCUACCUACCUUAAAGUAUAAAGCCAGGUUUAGUGCUCCAGGCAGUGAUGCUGGUGACUUCACAGCAUACACCUCUCCUCUCCUCUCCUCUCCUCUCCUCUCCUCUCCUCUCCUCUUUUCUCUUACAGCCCAGAAGGGACAUUAUGAGUUCAAGACCAUCAUUGACUGUUCUGUGUUUAUGCAUUUAAAGUCUGCAUAAACAUGAUGGUCCAUAUGCCAUAUUCCUCUGAGGGUAAUAAAAAAAAAUCCAGUUGAGACAAAUUGAGCGGAUACGAAAGCUGCUUGAGUCUGGGCCCAGUGAAUGGUCUGGACACUGGACCCCCAACAUUGUCAGUUAGCAUUUGUUGCUUUAGGUUUGGGCUUGGGAGACCACCAGAGAGCUGCAUGGAAGCCAGUCUGAGCUUCCCAAGGAAGAGCAAGAUAUAGAAAAACAUGUGCGCUCUGUCUUGGCCAUGCAGACAGAAGUCUCAGCAUGAACACAGUGAUUUCAGUAAGACCUUGUGGUAUGUGGUAAACUCUGGUUUCCAGACAAAGAUAAGGGAUUCUAAUGUAAAAUUAAAAUGCAAACUUUCUAGUCCUCUUCCAACAUUUCCAGAAUGCAAUCCAACUUUACUUAAAUAUAUGCUGGCAAUCAGAAUAUCUUUAUCUCAUAAUAAUAAUAAUAACAAUAAUAAUUGUCCGGUAGCACCUUACAGACCAACUAAGUUUGUUCUGGUAUAAGCUUUUGCGUGCAUGCACACUUCUUCAGAUACCUUUCGUGUGCAUGCACAUGAAAGCUUAUACCAGAACAAACUUAGUUGGUCUCUAAGGUGCUACUGGACAUUUUUUUAUAUUUUUAUAUUUAUUUCGACUGUGUCAGACCAACACGGCUACCUACCUGAAUCUGUGUCUCUUAAAGUUUGUUAUUAUUACCCUUAAAUCUAAUUGACUGAUACACCAUGAUACCAAUCAUAAAGACUACCCAUUUUUUCCCAUUCACCUUAGAAGCCAUCCACUUUUACCUUUAACACCUUAAAAUUAAGGGGGGGGGACCCUUAAUAGUUUUCAUAGGAGCCAACUCCUAGGGGCUGAGAGGUCUUCGUCCCCAAUAUUUGAGCCCACCCCCAGCUAAUGGGCAUUGCCAUUCAAAUGGUGUAUGUGUACUGUGUCAUGUGAUUGAUUAUGUGGGACAGGGAUUACCUGUCCCCCCUCCAAAUAUUUUAUUCUAGUUGGCCCCCCUGAAUGCUUUAAGGGUGGGGUGGGUUUCCCCCUCCCAGUUAUUUCUGCAAAGCUUACCUUCAAUGCUAAUCAAUUUAGACAAGCUGUUUAAAUGUUUAAAUAAACGUGCAACUGAGUCUGUGAUUUCCUUCUCCACUGCAAGGAGGGUCACUCCUCUUUUGCAAACAUGGCUCUGCUUGCGGUUCUGCCAUCAUGAGGCUGCUGGGCAGCUUCUGCCAGCUACACUUAAGGUGCUCUCAAACUUCCACCAGCAGACUCUUGAGCUGUGAGAGUCAUUCUGCAAAUCUGUUCUAAGCAUGCCAAUUGAUUAAUUAUAAUUCAGUCUGGUUAGGAGAGACCUCAAUUGCAAAUGAAAUAAAUCUCAAAACACUAUAGGCCAUCUGGAUCUGAUCCUUUUCAAGCUGUACCAGAUCAUUUGGCUCAAACAAGAACAUUCCACGUUGGGAUGUAGAGACUUCAAAGCUCUUCACUGUGUGCAGAAGAGAAUACACAGGUCUAUUCUUUGUCAGCUAGAAUGCUAUAUAGUUCUGAUUUUGGGAUAGCUCUGUGCUGGCUGGGUCCCUUCCAGCCAGAAGAGCAAUGAACUGGAGGAGGUUUGAUUGAAUGAAUGGAUCAAUGCAUAUCCAGACAGCCACUUGGAGAUGCUUUUGGCUGAGGCAGUGGGAAAGGAUGCAAAGGCUGUAACUCUUGUCCAAUUUGUCCACUGGUCCCUUCACCCACCUUCUCCUAUCUGCUGUAGCAUGUCUGAUGUAUAAAUUUGCAGGUUUAUUCCACAGGAGGAGAAUUGGUGGGGUAUGUCUAGGUUGCAGUUUGGCAAACCUUUCAGGCUGCUGACAAGUGACUUCUAUCCAGGCUGUGGCAAGGCCAUGAAAGCUCCAUUAUGUUCUGUACACUUGAUACCCGUAUCAUAAGGGCAUUAAAAUUAAGGUGGUUUAUAUAUGUACAUAUUUUUAAAUCCUAUAGAAAGUAUUUUUAUUACAUAUUUCCUAUAGUCUUAAUUCCACAAAAUAUGAAAUGGGCUUUGAUUUUUUUAAAUUAAAUUUGUGAACAUUUCUAUGUGCUUUCUUGACUAGGCAAUUCCAUUUUUCUUCAUCGGGCAACUGACAUGGAUUAGAAAUUGUGUUAUUACCUAUAUGGGUUUGGGUUAAGGUAGCAUUCCUGAUGGCUGACAAGAAUGCCAGCUUUCUGUAUGUUACUUCAAAGCACAGUGAACUCAUUGGUGGUUAAAUUGACCUGUGUAAGAGCAGAUGCCAUGAGCAAGUAGGAAAGAAAGCAGAAGAAGAUGCUCUGAAUGUUUUCCCCACUGGAAAAGAUAUUUAAUGCAUAUUUGGUUACACAAUCCAGUGUUUAUGCCAUAUUUAGGUCAAAAGCUUGCAGAGCUGGUCCAACUGACGAUAACUUUGAUAACCGUUUGACAGGACUUGCAUUGCAUGAGCAAUUUCCAGCUAUCCUUCUACGCAGAAUUGCAAUGAAUAAAGACAAUUCCCCAACACUCAGCUCCAGCAUAUUGAGAGGCAAUUAUAAUGAGAAAUAGGCACAGCACUAUAGAGUGGUUCCUUCGAUGCAGAAGUCCAAGGCCCCACUCAGUGAGCAAGAGGGCUCUCAAACACAACACAGAUGGCUUACCACAUUUUGAAGUAAGUGAAGUAAUACAUAUUACCAUUUAAAGGGGAUACCUCCUUAAGACAAAGGGCGGAUCUACACUCGUGGGUUAAUAACAUUAAAAUGCAUUAUUACAAUGUGACAUGUGAGGGCGCUGCAGAGCAGUGAGGCAAAAGGAAACUACCAUUAAACGUCUUAGAAGAUCAUUGUAGUUCUAGCCAGAGUCUGAAAUUACUGAACUUCACCACUGGUUUUGUGUGGAAUUUGCAUGCCUUCAAUCCUAAUGGACUGCUUGCACAGAAGAUGACCAGUCUGAAGUGUGUGUGAAUCUAGCCCAAAAUCUGCAGCUUUACAUAGACCAGAGUGAGACCCUCAUGGGCCUCAUGGACAACACUUAGGCUGCUAUGCGAGAAUCAGUGGAGACUGAAUACUUGGCUUUUUCAUACAUAGACCACACACAAGCUACUGCAUAUUUUUUGUCACUUCUUUAAAAACUUUCAAAAAUAAAAGCUCAUUGCAGAUGGAUUCUGCAUUACCCCGCAGUGUUCCAAUUUGAAACAGAUGUAGGUAUUCCCAGCAGGGUGAGGUGUAUCCACACCUGCCCAAUGGCAUUCUAGGUGGGUGCAUACUAAGACUGUGAUUGCCACUUCGUUCUUCAUUCUCCUUUGGCUUGGGCAGGGAAGAAAAGACAAGGAUAACCCAACCUGGGCAUGUGGGUUCAAAUGCCUACCAAGUAACCCCAUCCACCCUUGAGGACGGCAGGAUCUAGAAUUAAUCUAGAUUGAAAGCAGCAUGUUGAGAAUGAGCAUGAACGAAUCCAGAUUGAGAAAAACAUCAUUUUGUGCUACAAACUGGUUAGUGUGUACACAGCCCUAGUAUGAAUCAGCAGCAGUUUGUUGCAGUAUAUUCUGAAUUUCAGUGUUAGACACUGACUUAUUUUAGAGUAUGAAGCUUUCACAAUUGACUAAUUCUGGAAUAUAAACACUGCAAUUCAUUUUCAUCACAAGCAUCAAAAUUGCUUCUCCCUUAUCUAGCACAACUUGAGUUGAAACUUUAAUUCCUGGGAGUAUGGACUUGAUGUUGCCUCAACUUGAAACCUGUAAAUAGUUUUCACCUCAACAAUAAUAUAAUUCACAGAAAACCACUGCCAUAUUUGGUAAUUAUGUUUAUCAAAUGCUAUAAAAUAAACUUCUUUUCUGUGCUCAUUAUUUAAAGAAAUAAACAUUAAUACUUUC